GCUGUGCUCACCAUUUCGCCCCGACGACUUCGGAGGCGAGGGUGUGCUAAAUGGGGCUGCCUGACUCACUGGCCGCAAGCAUAUUAUAAACCUCCCGCUGUAUUAUGCUCGCAGCCCAGUAGUCAGUGGCGCUCAGCGAAUAUUCACGACCCGGUCUUGACUCUGCCGUGUGGUGUCCAUUGGUGCUAAACCCGUGUGUCCUUUGUGUUAACGUCCGACCACCACCGCCGUCAUGUCGCAGCAGCAGCAACAGCAGCAAGUGGUGAGGCAAAGCACCUCGACGCAGCAGACCAGCAGCAGCGUCUCCCAGCAGCAGUCGACGGUGCAGCAGCAAAGCCAGAUGCAGACCCGCGUCGUGCGCCAAGUCCAGCAGGGCGUCCAGAGGGUACAGGGUCCCACACAGAUGAUCCCCAUGGGCCUUCCCCCUGGUGCGUCGCCGCCCGUGUUCGAGCAGAUCUUCCGAAAUGCUCGCUUUGCCCAGGGUGGCGACGCCCUCUUCGAAGGGAAGGUCACUGGCAACCCCAAACCCACAGUCUCCUGGACCCGAAAGGGGGCGAAACUCAUCUAUGGCUCCAAAUACCAGGUAACCCACGACGAAACGACAGGUGUGGUGACCCUUCUGAUCACUGCCAUCGGUCCCGGUGACGAGGGAGAGUACACGUGCACAGCGGCCAACCAGUAUGGAGAGGCCAUCUGCACCGUGUAUAUCCAGCCGGAAGCGGCCUUGAUGAUGCAGCAGCAACGUCAACAACAGCAGCAGCAACAGUCUAUGCAGAAAUCCUUUUUUCAACAACAGCAGAUGUCGCAGCAACAAUUUCUUCAGCAGCAGCAGCAACAGAUGAUGUCGAUGCAAAAUGGAAUUAUGCAGACUUUCAGAGUUGACACUUUUGAAUACCGGCUGUUGCACGAGGUCGAAUUCCGCCGCUCCCUCACCGUGCGGAUGGCAGGCGAGGUGGUGGAGGAGGAGGGGGCCAUCCAGGGUCCACCCCAGGCCCCACAGCUCCUGCAGAAGCCUCGCUCCACCAAGGUCUCGGAUGGAGGCAACGCCACUUUCACCGUCAAAGUCAGCGGCUACCCGACUCCCAGGGUUGUCUGGUUCAAGAAUGGAGUGCGUCUUCAGUCCAGCGACAAAUACCUGAUGACGCAGUCUGCUGGCCAGGUCACACUCGUGGUGAAGCAGGUCAACGCCAGCGACAACGGCCACUACACAAUGUUGGCCGAGAACAAUUCUGGCUGCACCGUGGCUUCGGCCCAGCUGGCCGUGGUGCCCCGCGCUGACAUGGCCACUGGUGCCCCCCAGCCUGAGAUCAUCCGCCCUGAGAGGAUGGAGCAGCAGCAGGCUCCUCCCCAGGCUGCGGAUGAUCUCGGUGACGACAGCAGCAAGAACAUGGAGCCCAAGUUCAUCCGCGGGCCGGUCAACGCCCAAGUUCAGGAGGGCAAGUUGGUGCGCUUUGAAGCUCGCGCCACUGGCCGCCCCUACCCUGAGGUAACAUGGUACAUCAAUGGACGCCUGGUGGUGGAUGACGCCACACACAAAGUUCUGGUCAAUGAGACGGGCAACCACUCCCUCAUGAUUCAGCGUGCCGCCCUCACUGAUGCCGGCACCAUCUCCUGCGUCGCCCGAAACAAGUCUGGCGAGGCGACCUGCCAGUGCACACUCAAUGUGCUGGAGGCGGAACAGAUGGUUGCACCAAAGUUUGUUGAGCGAUUCCAACAAACCACCGUGGCCGAGGGAGAGACCGUGGUGCUCCAGUGCCGCGCUGUGGGCACCCCCAUGCCCGUCCUCUCCUGGCAGAAGGAUGGUGUGACAAUCGAGAAUACUGCUAAUGUUAUGAUUCAGUACGACCAGAAUGGCGCCUCAUGCCUGCAGGUGCUGAGUGCCGGGGCAGCUGAUGCCGGCUGGUACCAGUGUAACGCCCAGAACUCUGCUGGGUCCACUGCCACCCGUGCCCGCCUCCACGUACAGCUGCCCAAGGCCCCUGAACCAGCGGCCCCCUAUCGCCCUCACUUCCCCAGAACAGGCAAACUCAUCGAACCAGAACCAGAGCCUGAGCCGGAGGUGAUCAUCCUGCGCCCCGUGGAGCGCGCUCACCACGUGCCUAAGGCCCCCGAGGAACCCGAACCCGAGCACCCCAAGUUUACUCAUCCCCUGAGGGAUAUCGAUAUCGUCGAGGGCACCCGUGCCCAUUUCGAAGCUAAAGUGAUACCUAUCGGUGAUGCCACUAUGAAUAUUGAGUGGUUCCACAACGGAAAACCUCUUGCAGCAAGUUCCCGAGCCACUGUGACAUGGCGCUUUGGCUUUGUGGCUCUUGACCUCCUUAAUGUGAUCAAUACCGAUGCUGGUGUGUACACUUGUCGUGCCACCAACAUCAAGGGAUAUGACGAUACCUCUGCCAACCUCAGGAUCACUGAGCGGCCUCUUAUUGAGAGGCAGACCCAGCACCCUGAGGCCAUGGAGCAGAUUGGUUACCUGGAGGAUCAGUCACGCUUCCAGCGCAGCAUCUCCAUGGAGGAGUCCUCCCACAUCAAGCCCACCUUCAUCAAGCCACUCACCAACCUUGGGGAGGUCCUGGAGGGCAAGUAUGCCCACUUCGAAGCCCAGGUCCAGCCCCUGAGUGACCCCUUCAUGCGUAUCGAAUGGUACAAGGAUGGCAAGGGUAUCACUGCUAGCUCCCGCAUCAAUGUGAUCUACAACUUUGGGUACGUGGCUCUCAACAUCAUGCAGCUGCGUGAGGAGGACAGCGGCACCUACACCGUGCGCGCCAUCAACAAGGCCGGGGAGUGCUCCUGCCAGGCCAGCCUCAAGGUCAUCUCAAUGUCCACUGUGACUGGUGACCUGGGCAUCCCCGAGCAGGCGCAGCACAUCAAGAGUGUGGAGGAGAUGGAGCAGUACAGGCAACAAAUGUUGGCCAAGACUAAAGCUGAAAUGGCAGAAGCAAUCAGCGCUCCCGUGUUCAAGACAAACCUAAAAGACAUUGUGUCCAAGGAGAACGGCUUUGCCCACUUUGAGGCGCGCCUGGAGCCAAUUGGCGACCCCACCCUCAAGGUGGAGUGGCUGAAGGACGGCCGCCCAAUGGAAGCCAGUUCUCGCAUCACAUCCUUCUUCAAUUUUGGCUACGUUGCCUUGACCGUGAAGGCCCUGAUUCUGAAGGAUGCCGGCACCUACACCUGCCGCGCCUACAAUGCCAAGGGAGAGGCUCAUGUCACCUGCAAACUCACCGUCAUCUCCAAGGCGGAGCAGGAGGAGUCCCAGUAUGAGGACACUGUGGCCAAGAUGCAGUACCUGGAGGACUCCUCUCGCCACAAGAGGACCGAGGCGGAGGAGACCACCAUCUCCAUGCCGCCCAAGUUCCUGGGUCCCCUGAAGGGAACAAACAAGAUUGUUGAGGGCCAGAAGGCUCACUUUGAGACUCGCCUUGAGCCCCAGGGUGAUCCCAACCUAACCGUGGAGUGGUACUUCAACGGCCAGGUGAUCAUGUCCGCCACCCGCAUCAAGACCUACCACGACUUUGGCUACGUGUCUCUGGACAUCUCUGACAUCCGCCAGGCUGAUGCCGGCCAGUACACUGUGGUGGCCCGCAAUGCCCUGGGCCAGGCUCAGAGCAGCACCGUCAUGGAGGUGGAGACUCGCUCAGCCAUCGACACCAGCACCAUGCACGAGGUGAGCCUCAAGCAGACGGCCGCCCUGGAGCGCCGCCACCAGGAGCCGCACUACGACAUUGAGGAGUUCACCAAGUCCAAGCCUGAGUUUGUGGUGCCACUGCAGGACCCCAAGCCCAUGGCUGAGGGCAGGAACGUCCACCUGGAGGCCCGUCUGGAGCCCAUGAAUGACCCAACCAUGAAGGUGGAGUGGUUCUGCAACGGGAAGCCCAUCACCAUCGGCUCCCGCUUCAAGACCUACUUUGACUUCGGCUUUGUUGCUCUGGACAUCCUGGGCGUGUACACCACCGACUCCGGCGAGUACACCUGCCGCGCCGAGAACUACCUCGGCAGCGCCCACACCUCAGCCUGCAUCCGCGUUGAGGGCACCGGCGACAUCCAGACAGACACCAUGCACGACGGAGCCAUGGAGCAGAUCCACUACCUGGAGGACGCUUCCCGCUACCAGCGCACCACCCAGGAGCAGACAGAUAUCAAGACAGCACCGAACUUUGUCAAGUCACUGAAGAACAUCGAGACUGUUGAGGGCACCAACAUUCACCUGGAGGCUCGCCUGCAGCCUGUUGGCGAUUCCAGCAUGAGGGUGGAGUGGUUCUUCAACGACGCGCCGCUCAAGGUUGGCCACCGCUUCAAGCCAGCCUACGAUUUCGACUACGUGGCCCUCGACCUCCUGAGUGUGUACCCCGUAGACUCAGGCAUCUACACCUGCAAGGCCACCAACAGUCUCGGUCAGGCUGUCACCUCAGCUUCGGUCAAAGUCACUGCCAAGAAGGAUCUCGUGUUCGACUCAGAACACCCCGAGAGCUUGCAGAAACUUCAGUACUUUGACGACAGUUCACGGUACCACAGACGCGAGACAAUGGAAGAAGUCUCUGUCAAGAUCAAGCCAAAAUUUCUGACCAAGCUCAAGGAUGUAACCCAGAAGGAGCGGAACCAUGCCCACUUCGAGGCCAAGCUUGAGCCCGUUACCGACCCCAACCUGCGUGUGGACUGGUACAAGGACGGACAGCCAAUCCAGAUGGGCUCCAGGUUCCGUCUGAUUCACGACUUUGGCUAUGUUGCUCUAGAUAUCAAUGACCUUAUCGAGGAGGACUCCGGCGUGUACACUUGUGUCGCCACCAAUCUGAUGGGCAAAGACGAGCUCUCGGCCUCCCUGAAAGUGAUCAGUGCCUCCGGCGUGGUCAUGGAGUCCCAGAGCGAGAGCCUCAGCAUGCAGCAGCUGCAGAUGCUGGAGGACCGCAACCGCUACUCUCGAACCGAAGUUGUGGAGGAGACCACCUCCCAGGCCCCCGUCUUCACCACCUCCCUCAAGAACAUUGAGAUCCUGGAGGGGCAGCGCGCUCACUUUGAGGCCCGCCUCAUCCCCACCUCCGACCCCACCAUGAAGGUGGAGUGGCAGCGCAACGGAGUGGCCGUCAAGAGUGGCUCCCGCUUCACGGAGUACAACGACUUUGGCUUCGUGGCUCUGGACAUCAUGUACGCCUACGCCGAGGACUCCGGCACCUACACCUGCCGCGCCACCAACGUCAACGGCCAGGCGGUGACCUCCGCCGCCAUGGUCUGCCACACCAAGGACUCCAUCAUGGGAGACACCCUGAACCAGGAGGCCAUGGACAAGAUCUCCCGCCUGGAGUCCCGCACCCAGCGCACCAUCACCAGCGAGGAGACCACCACCCAGGCCCCCGUCUUCACCUCGCCCAUCAGGGACCAGAAGCUCUCCGAGAACGCUCCUCUCCACUUUGAGGCUCGUCUCAUCCCCGUGGGUGAUCCUGAUCUCAAGGUGGAGUGGUUCAAGAACAAUAUUCCCAUUCAGAGCGCCAACCGCAUCUCCACCAUGCACGACUUUGGCUACGUUGCUCUGGACAUGAAGUACGUCAAGCCCGAGGACACCGGCACCUACACCUGCCGGGCCACCAACAAGCUGGGCCAGGCCGUCUCCUCCGCCACGCUGGUCGUCACCUCCAAGGAAGCUCUCCUGCUGGAGUCCCAGCACACCGAGGCUCUGGAGAAGAUCCGCUACCUGGAGGACGCCUCGCGCCACCAGAGGUCCACCACGGAGGAGACCAUCAUUACCCAGGCUCCCAAGUUUGUGGUGGAGCUGUCUGGCCUGACCCAGCUGUGGGAGGGCCAGAGUGCCCACAUGGAGUGCCGCCUGGAGCCCUACCCUGACCCCACCAUGAAGGUCGAGUGGUUCCACAACGGCCAGGCACUCCAGAUCGGCCACAGGUUCAGGACCAUGUAUGACUUUGGCUUCUGUGCCCUGGACAUCCUGCAGGCCGUGGCCGAGGACUCUGGCACCUACGAGGUCAGGGCCACCAACCGCGUCGGCACUGCCUCUUCCACUCUGACCAUUGGCGUCAAAUCCAAGAGUGACUUCAUCGUGGAGACCCAGCACCCCGAGGCCAUGGCCCAGAUCAGCCGCCUGGAGCAGAAGGCACCCAGCAAGCGCCCCGAGGAUGUGCCCGUGAUUGAGAAACCCAACUUUGGCCGCUCCCUGAGGAACCAGGAGCGCCUGAUUGAGGGCCAGGCCGUCCACAUGGAGGCCACACUCACCCCUGUUAACGACCCAACGAUGAAGGUGGAAUGGUUCUUCAAUGGACAGCCAAUUCCAUCAGGCCAUCGCUUCCGCACAACAUACGACUUUGGCUUCGUCGCUCUGGACAUCCUCUACGCCUACCCCGAAGACUCCGGGACGUACAUGUGCAAGGCCACCAACGUCGCCGGCCAGGCAGUCACCUCCUGCAGCAUCGGGGUGGAGGCUACCGGCAACAUGCAGCUGGACACAGUGGACGAGGAACGCCUUCGCAAGAUCCGCAAGUUGGAGGAGGUGAGCGACGUCGUCCAGGAGAUGAAGGAACAGGUGUACCAGAAGCCCGUCUUCACCACCCCCCUCAACAGCGUGGACAACCUGAAGGAGGGCGAGCGGUGCCACCUGGAGUGCCGCCUGGAGCCCAUCAACGACCCCUACAUGAAGCUGGAGUGGUACGUCAACGGCGUCGAGAUCAAAACUGGUCAUCGCUUCCGCACCACCCACGACUUUGGCUACGUGGCCCUGGACGUCCUCUACACCUACGCUGAGGACUCGGGGACCUACCUGUGCAAGGCCAUGAACAGAGUCGGCGAGGCUGUCAACUCCUGCAGCGUCAGUGUGGCAGCUCGCCGCAACAUCUAUUUGGACUCGCAGAAUCCCCAGGGCUGGGAGAAGAUUCAGAGCAUGGAGCAGCGGCCGAAGUACGAGCGCAUCGAGGUUGCCGACGCCCCCCUGCUGGCGCCAAGGUUCACCUCUGAGCUCAGGGGCAACACCCAGCUGGCCGAGGGGCAGCAAGUGCACCUUGAGGGCCGCGUGGAGCCCGUGCACGACUCAACGCUGCGCAUCGAGUGGUACCACAACGGCAAGCUCCUGCAGUCCGCCGCGCGUUUCCACACCACCUUUGACUUCGGCUACGUGGCGCUGGACAUCACCGGCGUGUAUCCCGAGGACUCCGGCGAGUACACCUGCCGGGCUGUCAACAAGAUUGGCGAGGCCGUCUCCAAGAUUAGCUUCAAGGUGGAGGGCAAGGAGGGCGUGAUCUACGAGUCUGCCCGGCCGGAGGGUCUGGAGAAGAUCCGACAGCUUGAGGACAGCGCCCGCCCUGCACCGGCCCCGGAGGAGUCGCGUACCUUCCAGCGUCCAGUCUUCACUCAGCCGCUUCAGAAUCUGGACAACCUCACUGAAGGAGAACUUGCCCACUUCGAGUGUCGCCUCAUCCCUGUCGGCGACCCCAAGUUGAGGGUGGAAUGGUUCAGGAAUGAGAAGCCGAUCGAGACCAGCUCCCGCAUCAACCGCACCCACGACUUUGGCUACGUUGCCCUCGACAUCACCGGAGUGCGUCCCGAUGAUGAAGGAAUCUACAUGUGCCGUGCAACCAACGAUCUGGGAGAGGCCGUCACCACAGCCUCCAUCAAGAUCAAGUCACAUGCCAGCAUCCUGCUUGACUCUCAGCACCCAGAAGGCAUGAAGAAGAUCCAGGCUUUGGAGGAGCGCAAGCCAGACGAGCGCGGCGCCGAGCCUGACAAGGUUUACGACAAGCCAGUCUUCACCAACAACCUGACUGGCCCGGAGCAGCUCAUGGAGGGACAGAGUGCCCACUACGAGUGUCGUGUGGUGCCCGUUGGAGACCCCAACAUGAGAUUUGAAUGGUACUGCAACGGUGUUGAACUUAAGAUGGGUUCAAGAUUCACCACCAACCAUGACUUUGGCUACGUGACCCUGGACAUCAUGAAGUGCGUCCCCGAGGACUCUGGCGUGUACAUGUGCAAGGCCAUCAACAAGGUUGGCGAGGCAGUCAGCUCCUGCACCACCAGGGUGAUCGCCAAGGGCAGCAUCCUGGGAGACGCACUGCACCCGGGCUGGGAGACCAUCAAGCUCCGUGAGGCCCAGUGGAACAGAGUGCCGGAGACCCCCACCGCCCCUGAGCACCAGGAGCCACCCAUGUUCACCAAGCACCUGGAGAGCUUUGAGCGCCUGCAGGAGGGCGGUGCCUUGAGGCUGGAGGGUCAGGUGCAGCCUGCCCGUGACCCCAACCUCAGCAUUGAGUGGUUCAAGAAUGGCGUUCAGCUGGCCACAGGUACGCGAUGCCGCAGCACCUUCGACUUUGGUCACGUGACGCUGGACAUCUCCGGCCUCAGGGAGAGCGACUCCGGCAUCUAUACCUGCAAGGCCGUCAACCGCGUGGGUGAAGCCGUGUCCACCUGCAACAUCAAGGUCCACGACCGUCACUGGCUCAUUGGGGACUCUGCUCACCCUGAUGCCCUGAAGAAGAUUGCCGAGCUGGAGACGCCGCACAUGGAGACUGUCACGACCACGGAGCCCACCUUCGAGGUCCCCAUGUUCAUCUCCCACCUCAACGACGUGGAGUGCCGCGAGGGUGACAACGCCCACUUUGAGUGCAGAGUUGAGCCAUCCCGCGACCCAACCAUGAAGAUUGAGUGGUUCAUCAACGGGAAGCCCAUGCGAGCGGCCGCACGCUAUGCCGCACAGUACGACUUUGGGUUUGUGACCCUGGACUGCACUCAUUGCUAUGCUGAAGACUCUGGCGUGUACAUGUGCCGUGCCACCAAUUCGAAGGGCUCGGCCUCCACCAGUGGCACUCUCAAGUGCCUCAGCAAGGCAAACCUCUACUUCGACACCCAGCACCCGCAGGGCAGAGCUGGCCUUGAGAAGGUGGAGGAAGCAGAGCGAGCCUACUGGGCCAAAUACCAGAAGCAAAUGUCCGAAACAGAUGUCAGUUACCCCAAGCCAUUCUUCAUCAGGCCUCUGCAGCCCAAUUUCUCUCUCAAUGAGAACCAGGCUCUGCAUAUGGAGGCUAACGUGGAACCAAAGCAAGAUCCCGACCUGAAAAUUGAAUGGUUCCUGAAUGGCAAGGUCCUGGAGCAGGCACACCGCUACAAGACCACCUACGACUUUGGCCUUGUCACCCUCGACUUGAAUGACGCCUAUGAUCGGGACCAGGGCAUCUACACUUGUCGUGCUUACAAUAAGCACGGUGAAGCCUUCAGCACCUCCACCGUUGUCGUGGGCAGCAAGGACGCCCUCAUUGAGGGCACGCAGCACCCUGCUGGGGAGGCGGGUCUGGACGCCAUCCAGAAACUGGAAGAGAAACACCUGCGUCGCGAUGACCGCCUGCUGCCCGACGAGGAGGGACACCCGCCUGUCUUUACAAAGCCUUUCAAGGAUCUAAGCAACAUCGAGGAAGGUGAGGUUGCUCACUUUGAGGGGAUGCUGAUUCCUCUGGGGGAUCAGACGAUGAGGGUGGAAUGGUUCUUCAACGGCGAGCCCUUGAAGGCCUCACACAGGGUCCGCACCGUGUAUGCCUUUGGAAUGGUUGUCCUGGAAAUCAUAGGAACCAAGGUUUCAGACUCAGGUGAGUACACAUGCAAGGCCCACAACAAAUGGGGCAAGGCUGAGUGUUCCGUCAAGCUGGAGUGUGUUGACAGAGCCCACGGCCAGCCACCCAAGUUCACCACUCAUCCCCAGAACCUGGCAGGCCUCAAGGACGGUGACUCUGCUCACUUUGAGUGUACUCUCAUCCCUGUUGGUGACCCCCACAUGAAGGUGGAAUGGUUCCAUAACGGCGAGAAAAUGCGCAACGCCACGCGCAUCAAGACUGUCAGCGACUUUGGCUUCGUGGUUCUGGACAUUGCUUACCUGCAGAACCAUGACGCUGGAGAGUGGGUGUGCAAGGCCACCAACAAGUACGGCUCAGACACAACCAAGGCAACUCUCAACUGCUUCGGCAUGGGAGGAGUGUACACUGACUCUCUCCAGCCAGCAUCUCUAGACAAGAUUGCAGCCCUGGAGGGUCACAAGACUGCCCUGAAGCCCACUGACACAUCCACGGCUGCUGAGCCUCCCAAAUUCAUCACACAGAUCGUGAACAUUGAACGUCUUGUUGAGGGUCAGAGUGCCCACUUUGAGGCUCGCUUGGUGCCAGUCAAUGACCCCAAACUUACUGUGGAGUGGUACAAGGAUGGCAAGAAGCUGCCAACAGGCCAUCGCUACAGGACCUUCCAUGACUUUGGCAUUGUUAUCCUGGACAUCUUGUACUGCUACGAGGAAGACUCUGGCGUGUAUGAGGCACGUGCCGUCAACAAGCUUGGCCAGGACCAGACCAGUGCUACCCUGAAGUGCUUCAGCAAGACCAAUCUGAUUUUGACACCACAAGUGCCUAAGGGAAUGGAAGGAGGCCUUGAGAAGCUGCAGACCCUUGAAGACCAUGCCUGGAUGCGCCGUGACUCUGUGAUGUCCGAGAGGGCUGGCAUGGCUCCCAAGUUCACUGUUCCUCUCAGCAACAUUGACAACCUGAAGGAGAGUGAGAACGCUCACUUUGAAGCUCGCCUGGUGCCCACGGAUGACCCUCGCCUCAAGGUGGAGUGGUUCUGGAAUGGCAAGCCCAUGAAGUACAGCUCCAGAAUCAGGCAGUUCUGUGACUUUGGCUUUGUGAUCAUGGAGAUCUCUCCUAUUUACCCCGAGGACUCCGGAGAGUACAUGUGCCGUGCCUACAAUGAUUACGGCGAAGCCGUCACCAAGGCAACGCUGAAGUGUGAAGGCAAGCGCUCCAUCAUCCUGGAGACUCAGCUGCCCAAGUCUAUGCAGAAGGGCAUGGAGAAGAUUGCUGAGCUUGAGGGUCUGAUGAUCAAGUCACCUGAUCUAGGAACACCCACAGACUCUGGACAGCCACCUCAGUUCAUCACUCAGCCUGAAGACUCUUCCAUUGGGGAGAACGGGCUUGCUCACUUUGAGUGCCGCCUGCAGCCAGCCAACGACCCCAACCUCCGCGUUGAGUGGUACCACAACGGCCGCCCGCUGUGUGCCGGCUCCCGCAUCAAGACCAUCAAUGACUUUGGCUUUGUCAUUCUGGAGAUUGCCAACUGCUACAGCAAGGAUGGCGGCACCUACACCUGCCGGGCAGUGAACAAGCACGGAGAAGCCUCUGUGGAGUGCAAACUGGCCGUCUCCAGCAAGAGUGGCCUUGUCCUUGAGCCACAAGCCACCAUGAAGUUCAAGGGUCUCACUGAGGCCAUUCAGAAGCUUGAGGAAGAAAAAUACAAGAAGGAGGUUGUUCCUCAGGAAGAAGAGAAGCCUUGCCCUCCACGUUUUGUCACUGAGCUGCAGGACAUCCACGACCUGGUCGAGGGCCAGCCGGCUCACUUUGACUGCCGCGUGGAGCCCGUGGGAGACCCGACCAUGCGCAUCGAGUGGUUCCACAAUGGCAUGCCAGUCAACGCCGGGUCCCGUGUGCACAUGAUGGACGACUUUGGUUUUGUUGUGCUGGACUUGGAGUGGACCUUUGCCCGCGACACCGGAGAGUACAUCUGCCGGGCCACCAACAAGUGGGGUCAGGCCACCACCAAGGCCAUGCUCAAUGUUCGCUUCAAGCACAACGUUGACCUCACCACACAGCUGCCUCAGGGCAUGACUGCUGAGAAACUGAAGGAGCUGGAGCGCGGUCCCCUGACCGACACUCACGAGCCCGAUGCGGAAAUGAAGCCGCCCAAGUUCGUUGUUCCCAUCAAGAACCAGAGUCUGCAGGAGGGUGAACGUGCCUUCUUUGAAGCUCGCGUUGAGCCCCGCAAUGACCCCAACCUGCAGGUGGAGUGGUACUUCAACGGCAAGCUCCUGCAGUCCGGCCACCGCUUCAGGACCAGCUUUGAGAUGGGCCACGUGACGCUGGAGCUUCUGUACACCUACGCUGAGGACUCAGGGGAGUACACCUGCCGGGCCUUCAACAAGCUUGGCCAAGACCACACCAAGGCCACACUCAAGACAAAGGCAAGCCAGUCCGUGGUGCUGCUCUCCCAGGUGCCCAAGGGCAUGAAGUCUGGCGUGGACUUUGCCACUCAGAUGGAGGAAACCCUGAAGAAGUACUGCAAGGACGUCAUGCUCACCCCGGAGGACAUCUACGACGAGGAGAAGAGGCAGCCUCCACGCUUUGUGACCCACAUCAAGGACAUCACUGACCUCAAGGAGCUGGAAGAGAACAAGUUUGACUGCCAGCUGGCUCCUGUGGGUGACCCCAACAUGAAGGUGGAAUGGUUCUUCAAUGGUCGCCCUCUGCCCUACAAGAAUCGCUUCACUCCCAUCUAUGACUUUGGCUACGUUGCCCUUGUCAUGAACUGGGUGUUUGGCGAGGACUCCGGCGAGUACCUUUGCCGCGCCACCAACCUCUGGGGCAUGGACGAAACCCGUGCCACCCUCAAGGCCACUGGUCGCCCCGGCGUCAUCUAUGAGUCGCAGAUCCCCAAGGGCAUGCAGUCCCUCGAGAAGAUCAGGGAGCUUGAGGCCUCCAUGCUGACCACGCGGGAAACUGCUGUGGAGGAGGAGAAGCAGCGGUGCAAGCCUGAGGUCCUGAAGAAGCCUGAGAGCCUGGUGGUGCAGGAGGGAGAUUGGGCACGCUUCAGCAUCCGCGUGUCAGGCCACCCACGCCCAAGAGUCAUGUGGAUUGUCAACGGCAAUACGGCCAUGAGUGGCAAUCGCUUCAAGAUCUGGUACGACGGCAUGUAUCACCUGGACAUUCCCAAGACCCGCCAGUACGACAACGGCAAGGUCGAGGUCAUCUGCCGCAACUCCCUGGGCGAGACGUACGCCUGCUGCGAGCUGAAGGUGAACCCGCGCCAGGAUGAUUACCGCGCCGUCCUCAAGAACUCUCCCAGGCCCUGGUAUGACACUGACCUCAAGAGUUAUCAGAAGGAGCGCACGGAUACCGAACUUGAGCGUGUCUUUGAAGAAAAAAUAGACACAGACUACUCCAUCCUCCAUGAGUCCAAAUUUGGAGAGUACAUGGCCAAGCCCAUGGACAAAACAGAAGAGACAGAGUGGCAGAAGUUGGCCAGAAAGAGGAAUGCCGGAGAGAAGAUCAAGGAGCUGGAGGAGACCCAGAGGACCAAGGGCAGGAAGGACAUAAUGUUUGCCUCCCCAGCUGAGCACGCUGCCCAGCACUCCCUGGCCAAGGGCAUGGCCUCCCGCUACGAGGAACAGCUCGGCGACGAGAAAGACAAGCCCAAGUAUGAGAGGCCGCCUAGACAUGUCCUAAGGGACGUGGAUGAUCUGCGGCACGAUGAAGAAACCCUCCGCCAGUUUGAAGCCGAGCCCUCCGAGUCCACCGUCCACGGCAAGGAGAUCCACACCUCAACUCAGCGCCAGACUCAGAAGGAGACGCAAGGAGACUUGGAAAUCACUCGAAAGAUUACUGCCACUGAUAAGACAGAGAUUGAACACAAAGGCAAGACCACUGAGCGCCUGGUUCAGGGCCCACCUCAGAAGCCUGCCAAGCCUCCUUUCUUCACCAAGAAGAUCCAGCCGUGCAGAUCUUACGAGAGGGAACCCGCUCGCUUCAUGGUGGAGUUUGAUGGUGACCCCAUGCCCACCGUGCAGUGGUACCGCGAGGACUUCCUCAUCACCAGCUCUCCUGACUUCCUGAUUCACACCUUCGGAGAUAAGAGUAUCCUGACCAUCCGCGAAGUGUUCCUGGAGGACUCCGGUGUGUUUGCUGUGGUGGCAGAGAACCGUGGUGGCCGCGCCAAGUGCUCAGCCAACUUGGUGGUUGCUGAGCGCAAGCAGAGCCGAGCAGGAGCCGUGCCCCCCAGCUUUGACCAGACCAUUCAGGACACCCAGAGCAAGCCAGGCAACCUGGUGAGGCUGGAUGCCAAGCUUCUGGGCACGCCUCCCAUUGACGUGUACUGGCUCAAGAAUGGCCGCAAACUGACCCAAGACAGCCACUUCAAGAUGCUUCUUGAGGGUGACGUGUACACUCUCAUGAUCAUUGAGGCCUUGCCUGAGGACACUGCCUCCUACGAGUGUGUGGCCAUCAACAAGGCUGGUGAGGCACGCUGCCAGGCCACUGUCGAGAUCAGUGGUCCAACCCCAACAAAGACCCAGGAAGCCCCAUCCAAGCCCAGUGGUGCCCCACAAGCCCCCAAGAUCGUUGAGAAAGCUAAGGCCCUGAUUGUGCAGGAAGGACAGUCUGCCUUCUUCGAGUGUGUCCUUACCGGCAACCCAAAACCCAAGAUCCAGUGGUUGAAGGGCAAGGAGCCCAUCAAGCCCAGCAAAUACUUCACCAUGACAGCUGAUGGUGACCGUUACUGCCUUCGCAUCUCAGAGGCUUUCCCUGAGGACGAGGGAACCUACUUCUGUGUAGCUACCAACUCUGGCGGCAAGGCCACCGUAAAGACCGAGCUACACGUGAAACAGCCACAACAGUCCGAAGUGGCGCCAUCUGUGGCCCCCAUGGAGCCCGUCACAGUGGGUGAGGGCAAGGGUGCCCGCUUCAACACAGUGGUGCUGGGCAAACCCAAACCAAAGGUCCAGUGGUACCGCGAGGGCGCUCUCAUCCCCAGCUCCAAGGACUUUGUGAUGUUCAUGGAGGGCAACACGGCCGUCCUGGACGUCAAGCAGACCUACCCUGAGGACUCCGGAACCUUCACCUGCCGCGCCACCAACUCCGCUGGACAGGCCGAGACCUCCGUCUUGCUCACGGUCAAAAGUUCUUACACAGAGGAGGAGGACCAUGUCCGCCUCACUCGACGCACGCAGGAGAGGGAGUCUCACAGGCGUCGGUGGGGGUCUCCGAGCCCCUCCAGGUGGUGCUCCCUUAGCCCCGCCAGACCUGGCCGAGACAAGAGCAUUCCGGUGAGAGGCUUCAGACCAAGGAAUGAGGAGGAACUGGAAAGAAAGAAGAGAGAAAGAGUGCCAUGGCUCGUUGAAAAGAAAACAGAGGACAUUAGUUCUGCGGCAUCUAAAUUAAAAAGGGCCACUGUACCCUUUGCACCGAAGGAAAUAGAAAAAUUUGGAAUUCCCAAAGUGGAACUUAAGACAACUGCACAGGAAACUAUAUCGGAGGAACCAUUAGAACCAGGAAGGCCAGGCCAAGAGGGAGAGGAAGAUGAAGAAUAUGAAUAUUAUGAAGACUAUGAUUACGAUUCUGAUGAGAUCCAGGAAGGAGAAUAUGGGGACCUCGGGGAGUACGAGCCACCAAGGCAAGAGCCGAGCCAAAGGGGAAGGUCCCGCACGGUAAAGGGGAGGCGUCCACGCAAACCGCAGGACGGGACAGAACCCAAGCCAGGGAAGAGGCCCAUUUUACGCAGAAGAAGAGUGAGGCCUGAGGAGAAACAGGGCGAAGAGGUCACCCUGAAGCCUGGCAAACGGAUCCCCAAAACUUCGGAAGAAGGUGAAAAAGUUCAACUCACGCCUUUCGAAAAGAGACGACCAGAACAGGGGCAUGAACCAACGACAUUGCCAUGGAGAACCAAGAGGACACCGUCAAAGGAAGGGGGGAGAGAACCACCAACAACUACAGCUGAAGACACAAGUAGAUAUGCUCCAUCAAGGCCAGGCCAAGAAGAAGAGGAAGAUGAAGAAUAUGAAUAUUAUGAAGACUAUGAUUACGAUUCUGAUGAGAUCCAAGAAGUAGAAUAUGGGGACCUCGGGGAGUACGAGCCACCAAAGCAAGAGCCGAGCCAAAGGGGAAGGUCCCGCACGGUAAAGGGGAGGCGUCCACGCAAACCGCAGGACGGGACAGAACCCAAGCCAGGGAAGAGGCCCAUUUUACGCAGAAGAAGAGUGAGGCCUGAGGAGAAACAGGGCGAAGAGGUCACCCUGAAGCCUGGCAAACGGAUCCCCAAAACUUCGGAAGAAGGUGAAAAAGUACAACUCACGCCUUUCGAAAAGAGACGACCAGAACAGGGGCAUGAACCAACGACAUUGCCAUGGAGAACCAAGAGGACACCGUCAAAGGAAGGGGGGAGAGAACCACCAACAAUUGCAGCUGAAGACACAAGUAGAUAUGCUCCUGAAGAUGUCUAUUCUCCAGACACUGAAGAAAUGCCGGAGCCUGGUCGACCACAGGCUCCAAGAUUUAUUGCACGAGAAAGAGAAGAACCAGAAAAGUUUGUCUUACCUAAAACACAACUGAAGAAAACUAGAAAGGUACCCUUCGCACCUAGCGACUCCAAGCCUGAAUUAGACGGUGUCCCCGUGAAGGAGACAACGAGAGAUAAACCUACAGGAAAGGAAUACCCAGAAAUCACAGAUCAAGACGUUCCAUACGACUACAGGGAAUUAGAUGAUCAGACACAUUUAGAACAUGUAGAAACAGUUGAAGAUACAGAAUCGCCAAAAGGUAAGCCGAGUAGAAGGCCCAAAAUUCCUCCACCUCAAGAAGAAUUCACAAUACCCAAGGUAAGCCUCAAGAAAACAGUCCCAAAGAAGUUUGUCUCUGAAGAAGAAACACUUGAGUCGGUUGAUCUUCAGCAUGUCGAAAGACCCAAGAAGCCAACCUCUAAGCUUGAGAAACGACAAUGGAGUCCAAUGCCAGAGACUGAUAAGUAUAGUCCAGAGCAUAUUCCUGAAAAAGAACUCGUGGAGCUUGAAGAGCCUGAAUCAUUCGUGACUGAGAGAGAACCAAGUGAAAUAGAGGAGGUUGAUAAAGGUGUGUACCAACGACAACCUAAAGAAGAACCUUUACUGGAAGAUGUGAAAAAGCCAAAAAUAAGAAAGGGACGUUGGCCUCCUACAGAAGAAGAGGAAAAGGAAGAGGUAAGACUAAAGCCAGCAAGGCCUCUACGCCGACGGCCUGAGGACGAAGGUGAAUUACCACACCUGAAACCCAUUCCCAGGAAGAAGACUGAGCCUGAGGGGAAAGAAACGGUUCCUCUCAAGCCAGGCAAGCGAGCUCCUCAAGACCUUCCAGAGGGUGAACAACCACAACUGGAACCAUAUGAAGGCUUUGAGCCACAGGUUCCAGGGAAAGAGAAAGCCACUUUGCAAAGGCCAAGAAAACCAAAGACCAAGGCAAAAGAGAAGCCAUUAGAAGAAACAGAAGCUCCUGUACCAGAGGAAUACAUACAGCCUGAAGAUGAGGAUCAAACCAAGCCGAGGAAAGAAAGGAAGAAGCCUGACACAGAGGAUGAUGAACCCGAGGUUCCUUUCUGGCGAGGGAGAAGGCUUCCACCCAAGGAUGAGGAGAAAGAAACUGUGGAGUUAAAACCUUUCACAAAGGAGAAACCAAAAGAACCCAAGAAGAAACCUAAAACCAAACCUCGCUGGCCACAUGAACCAGAGGUUCCUGAGCCUGGAAAGCCUUCCCAAGAUGUUCCAAGGAAGCCAGGGGAAAAAGUCCCUGAUGGGAUUCCAGAUGAACAGAAACCAGAGAAACCAACCGUUUCUGAUGGUUAUGAAGAGUUCCAGGAGAUGGAGGAUACAACGGAAGCCCAGUACGAAGUUAUUGAAGAGGUAAUCACAGAAGAAGGCAAGGUGAUACAGCGUCGCACUAAACCAAAACCAAAGACAAAAAUAACCCAAAAAGAGACAGUUGAAGAGAAAAUUACCACUCCUAAAGUGACUCUGAAAAAGAGGAUUCCUGGGAAGUUCAUUACAGAGGAAGAAACCAUUGAAACAGUGGAACUAAAGCAUGUUGAGAAACCCAAGAAGCCUAAACCUGUCCGAGAGAGACGGCAGUGGGAUACCUUUGGUGAAACCGAAGAAACAACCGUCCAGGAGCUGACGGAGACAGAACAGAUCGAAUUUGAAAAGCCAGAGUCAUUUGAAACGGUUGAAAGGUUUGUGACCGAAGAAGAUCAAACCAUUGAGGGAUAUCAGCGCACUACUGAAGAAGAGAUGGUCACAGAGGAAGGAAAGAAACCUAAAAUCAGGAGAGGGCGAUGGCCUCCCAAGGAGGAAGAAGAGAAGGAAGAGGUUAAGCUUAAGCCGGGCAGGCGUUUCCCUAAGAAACCCGAGGAGGGUGCUGAACAACCUCAGUUGAAGCCUAUUCCGAAGAAAAAGACAGAGCCCACGGAAAGGGAAAAGGUACCUCUUAAGCCAGGCAAACAAGGUUAUGAAGACCUUCAAGAGACAGAGCGUGUUGAGCCUGGAAGGACGGAGACAUAUGAAACAGUUGAAGAGUUUGUGACCGAAGAAGAUCAAACUUUUGAGGGAUAUCAGCGCACCAUUGAAGAAGAGAUGAUCACUGAGGAAGGAAAGAAACCUAGAGUUCAGAAAGAGCGAUGGCCCCCCAAGGAGGGUGAAGCUGAAGUUCCUUCGUGGCGUGGUAGAAGGCUUCCACCCAAGGAUGAGGAGAAAGAAACGGUGGAGUUAAAACCUUUCACAAAGGAGAAACCAGAAGAACCCAAGAAGAAACCUAAAACCAAACCUCGCUGGCCACUUGAACCAGAGGUUCCUGAGCCUGGAAAGCCUUCCCAAGAUGUUCCAAGGAAGCCAGGGGAAAAAGUCCCUGAUGGCAUUCCAGAUGAACAGAAACCAGAGGAACCAACCGUUUCUGAUGGUUAUGAAGAGUUCCAGGAGAUGGAGGAUACAACGGAAGCCCAGUACGAAGUUAUUGAAGAGGUAAUCACAGAAGAAGGCAAGGUGAUAAAGCGUCGCACUAAACCAAAACCAAAGACAAAAAUAACCCAAAAAGAGACAGUUGAAGAGAAAAUUACCACUCCUAAAGUGACUCUGAAAAAGAGGAUUCCUGGGAAGUUCAUUACAGAGGAAGAAACCACUGAAACAGUGGAACUAAAGCAUAUUGAGAAACCCAAGAAGCCUAAACCUGUCCGAGAGAGACGGCAGUGGGAUACCUUUGGUGAAACCGAAGAAACAACCGUCCAGGAGCUGACGGAGACAGAACAGAUCGAAUUUGAAAAGCCAGAGUCAUUUGAAACGGUUGAAAGGUUUGUGACCGAAGAAGAUCAAACCAUUGAGGGAUAUCAGCGCACUACUGAAGAAGAGAUGGUCACAGAGGAAGGAAAGAAACCUAAAAUUAGGAGAGGGCGAUGGCCUCCCAAGGAGGAAGAAGAGAAGGAAGAGGUUAAGCUUAAGCCGGGCAGGCGUUUCCCUAAGAAACCCGAGGAGGGUGCUGAACAACCUCAGUUGAAACCCAUUCCGAAGAAAAAGACAGAGCCCACGGAAAGGGAAAAGGUACCUCUUAAGCCAGGCAAACAAAGUUAUGAAAACCUUCAAGAGACAGAGCGUGUUGAGCCUGGAAGGACGGAGACAUAUGAAACAGUUGAAGAGUUUGUGACCGAAGAAGAUCAAACAGUUGAGGGAUAUCAGCGCACCAUUGAAGAAGAGAUGAUCACUGAGGAAGGAAAGAAACCCAGAGUUCAGAAAGAGCGAUGGCCCCCCAAGGAGGAUGAAGCUGAAGUUCCUUCGUGGCGUGGGAGAAGGCUUCCACCCAAGGAUGAGGAGAAAGAAACGGUGGAGUUAAAACCUUUCACAAAGGAGAAACCAGAAGAACCCAAGAAGAAACCUAAAACCAAACCUCGCUGGCCACAUGAACCAGAGGUUCCUGAGCCUGGAAAGCCUUCCCAAGAUGUUCCAAGGAAGCCAGGGGAAAAAGUCCCUGAUGGCAUUCCAGAUGAACAGAAACCAGAGGAACCAACCGUUUCUGAUGGUUAUGAAGAGUUCCAGGAGAUGGAGGAUACAACGGAAGCCCAAUACGAAGUUAUUGAAGAGGUAAUCACAGAAGAAGGCAAGGUGAUAAAGCGUCGCACUAAACCAAAACCAAAGACAAAAAUAACCCAAAAAGAGACAGUUGAAGAGAAAAUUACCACUCCUAAAGUGACUCUGAAAAAGAGGAUUCCUGGGAAGUUCAUUACAGAGGAAGAAACCAUUGAAACAGUGGAACUAAAGCAUGUUGAGAAACCCAAGAAGCCUAAACCUGUCCGAGAGAGACAGCAGUGGGAUACCUUUGGUGAAACCGAAGAAACAACCGUCCAGGAGCUGACGGAGACGGAACAGAUCGAAUUUGAAAAGCCAGAGUCAUUUGAAACGGUUGAAAGGUUUGUGACCGAAGAAGAUCAAACCAUUGAGGGAUAUCAGCGCACUACUGAAGAAGAGAUGGUCACAGAGGAAGGAGAGAAACCUAGAGUUAAGAAAGAGCGAUGGCCCCCCAUGGAGGAAGAAGAAAAGGAAGAGGUUAAGCUUAAGCCGGGCAGGCGUUUCCCUAAGAAACCCGAGGAGGUCGCAGAACAACCUCAGUUGAAGCCCAUUCCCAAGAAAAAGACAGAGCCCACGGAAAGGGAAAAGGUACCUCUUAAGCCAGGCAAACAAAGUUAUGAAGAUCUUCAAGAGACAGAGCGUGUUGAGCCUGGAAGGACGGAGACAUAUGAAACAGUGGAAAGGUUUGUGACCGAAGAAGAUCAAACAGUUGAGGGAUAUCAGCUCAUCACUGAAGAAGAGAUGAUCACUGAGGAAGGAAAGAAACCUAGAGUUAAGAAAGAGCGAUGGCCCCCCAAGGAGGAAGAAGAGAAGGAAGAGGUUAAGCUUAAGCCGGGCAGGCGUUUCCCUAAGAAACCCGAGGAGGGGGCAGAACAACCCCAGUUGAAGCCCAUUCCGAAGAAAAAGAUAGAGCCCACGGAGAGAGAAGAGGUACCUCUUAAGCCAGACAAGCAAAGUUAUGAAGAGCUUGAAGAGACAGAGCCGCAAGUUUUGGAGAAGGAAGAAGUCACAACGAAAAGACCAAAGAAACCAAAGACAAAGAGAAUUGACAAAGCCUCAGAAGAAACAGAAACUCCUGUGCCAAAAGAAUACUUACAGAGUGAAGUAGAAGAUCAAACCAUUACGAGGAAAGAAACAGGGAUAUCAGAACAAAAAGAUGAGGAGGCUGAAGUUCCUAUUUGGCGAGGGAGAAGAAUUCGCCCUAAGGAAGAGGAGAAGGAGACAGUGGAGUUGAAACCUUUCGAAAAGCCAAAACACGAUGAGCCGAAAAAGAGGCCAAAAUCUGGAACUCGUAAACCUUUCCAGCCAGAACUUCCUGAAAGAAAUGGUGUUGAUGCUGAAGUUCUCAAGCUUGAAGAAGUUGCACAAACGACUCAGGAAGAAGAGUUUAGAGAGCAACCGUUGAAGCCACAGAAAAAGCCAAAGAAGAAGAAGAAGACUCCUGGCGAAGUUCCUAAGCCUGACGAAGAGGAGGCACCCCAGCCUGAUGAAGAAGAAGAGGCUGAGGAAAAGACGGAGAAGCCACAGGAGCCUGUCGAGAGACCUGGGGAAUUGCCAAAGAAACUCAAGAAAAGGCCGCAAAUGUUCAAGGCCCCUGAAGAAGAAAGUGUUGAGAUAUUUGGAGUUACACUCAGAAAAACGUCUCAGAACGUCUUUGCUCCGGAGGAAUCGACACUUGAGAAAGUCGAACUGGAACAUGUCGAGACGCCGGAAGAGCCUGAAGCUCCAGCGAGAGAAAAGAGGGUUUGGUCACCUGCUCCUGAGUACGAGUCAUAUGCUCCUGAAGAACUUCCUGACAAAGAGGAUGUGGAACUAGAGAAGUAUGAACCUUUCGUUCCUCUCCCUAAGCCCAAAGAGGAAGAAGAAACCGAAAAGAAGCCCUAUGAAAGGAAACCAAAGGAAGAACGAGAGACUGAAGAGGUAAGGAAGAUUAAGCUUGGGAAAGGUCGUAGAAAGCCUGAAGAAUCAGAAGAAGAAGAAAUCAAACUGGGACGACCGAGGCGUCGGCCAAAGUCUCCUGAGGAGGCCGAGGAACCUCAUCUGAAACCGAUUCCCAAGAAAAAACCCGAAGAGGAGGAUAAAGAAAAGGUUUCUCGCAAACCCAAAAAGAAGCCAACAAAGGAUCUCCCAGAGCGCGAGCCAGUCGAACUUCAGCCAUUUGAACGUGGCGAACCAGAGAUCCUUGAGAGAGACAAGGUGGAACUUGAAAAGCCCCUUAAGCCUCAACCUGAACCUAAAGAGAAGCCAGAAGAAGAGCCAAAACUUCCAAAGCCAGAGGAGAAGGAACCUUCCCCUGAAGAUGAAACCAAGCCCAAGAAGGACAGGAAGAAGCCCGAGAAGAAGGAGGAAGAGGCUGAAGUGCCUUCAUGGAGAGGCAGGAGACUUCCCAAGGAUGAAGAGAAAGAGGAGGUACAGCUCAAGCCAUUCGAUAAAGAAAAGCCAGACGAACCUAAGAAGAAACCCAAAACCAAGCCUCGCAAACCUUACGAGCCUGAGAUCCCCGAACCUGAAAAGACUCCUCUGGAGCCCUACAGCAAACCAGAUAGGGAAAAAGUACCCGAUGGAGUCCCGGAGGAGGAAAAGCCAAAGGAUGAAGAAAAGAUUCCCGAGGACGAAGAAAAGAAGCCGAAGAAGGUUAGGAAGAAGCCAGACAAGGAAGAGGAGGAAGAGACUCCUUCAUGGAGGGGACGAAGAAUUCCUAAAGACGAAGAAAAGGAAGACAUUCAAUUAAAACCCUUCAAAAAGGAGAAGCCAGACGAACCCAAGCCCACUCCCAAGGAUAAGCUGGGUAAGCCUUACGAGCUUGAAAUCCCAGAACAUGAAAGGAUUCCUCUUGAGCCCCAGAAAAAGCCAAAGAAGAAGAAGAAGGCUCCUGGGGAAGUUCCUAAGCCUGACGAAGAGGAGGCACCUAAGCCUGAUGAAGUGGAAGAGGCUGAGGAAAAGACGGAGAAGCCACAGGAGCCUGUCGAGAGACCUGGGGAAUUGCCAAAGAAACCCAAGAAAAGACCGCAAAUGUUCAGGGCCCCUGAAGAAGAAAGUGUUGAGAUAUUUGGAGUUACACUCAGGAAAACGUCUCAGAACGUCUUUGCUCCGGAGGAAUCGACACUGGAGAAAGUCGAAUUGGAACAUGUCGAGACGCCAGAAGAGCCUGAAGCUCCAGCGAGAGAAAAGAGGGUUUGGUCACCUGCUCCUGAGUACGAGUCAUAUGCUCCUGAAGAACUUCCUGACAAAGAAGAUGUGGAACUAGAGAAGUAUGAACCCUUCAUUCCUCUCCCUAAGCCCAAAGAGGAAGAAGAAACCGAGAAGAAGCCCUAUGAAAGGAAGCCAAAGGAAGAACAAGAGACUGAAGAGGUAAGGAAGAUUAAGCUUGGGAAAGGUCGUAGAAAACCUGAAGAACCAGAGGAAGAAGAAAUCAAACUGGGACGACCGAGGCGUCGGCCAAAAUCUCCCGAGGAGGCCGAGGAACCUCAUCUGAAACCGAUUCCCAAGAAAAAACCCGAAGAGGAGGAUAAAGAAAAGGUUUCUCGCAAACCCAAAAAGAAGCCAACAAAGGAUCUCCCAGAGCGCGAGCCAGUCGAACUUCAGCCAUUUGAACGUGGCGAACCAGAGAUCCUUGAGAGAGACAAGGUGGAACUUGAAAAGCCCCUUAAGCCUCAACCUGAACCUAAAAAGAAGCCAGAAGAAGAGACAGAAGUUUCAAAGCCAGAAGAGAAGGAACCUUCCCCUGAAGAUGAGACCAAGCCCAAGAAGGACAGGAAGAAGCCCGAGAAGAAGGAGGAAGAGCCUGAAGUGCCUUCAUGGAGAGGCAGGAGACUUCCCAAGGAUGAAGAGAAAGAGGAGGUACAACUCAAGCCAUUCGAUAAAGAAAAGCCAGACGAACCUAAGAAGAAAGCCAAAACCAAGCCUCGUAAACCUUACGAACCUGAAAUCCCCGAACCUGAAAAGACUCCUCUGGAGCCCUACAGCAAACCAGAUAGGGAAAAAGUACCCGAUGGAGUCCCGGAGGAGGAAAAGCCAAAGGAUGAAGAAAAGAUUCCCGAGGACGAAGAAAAGAAGCCGAAGAAGGUUAGGAAGAAGCCAGACAAGGAAGAGGAGGAAGAGACUCCUUCAUGGAGGGGAAGAAGAAUUCCUAAAGACGAAGAAAAGGAAGACAUUCAAUUAAAACCCUUCAAAAAGGAGAAGCCAGACGAACCCAAGCCCACUCCCAAGGAUAAGCUGGGUAAGCCUUACGAGCUUGAAAUCCCAGAACAUGAGAGGAUUCCUCUUGAGCCCCAGAAAAAGCCAAAGAAGAAGAAGAAGGCUCCUGGAGAAAUUCCUAAGCCUGACGAAGAGGAGGCACCUCAGCCUGAUGAAGUAGAAGAGCCUAAGGAAAAACCAGAGAAGCCUGCCGAGAGACCUACCGAUUUACCGAAGAAGAAAAAGAAACGCCCACAAUUAUUCCAAGCGCCAGAAGAAGGCACAACUCAGAUUUUUGGAGUUGCUCUCAGAAAAACAUCUCAAAAUGUCUUCGUUCCGGAGGAGGUGAAACUUGAGAAAGUCGAAUUGGAGCAUGUUGAAACACCAGAGGAGCCUGAAGCUCCAGAAAGGGAGAAGAGGGUUUGGACUCCUCCUCCUGAGUACGAAUCUUAUGCCCCUGAGGAAAUUCCUGAAAAAGAGGAUGUGGAACUAGAGAAGUAUGAACCCUUCAUGCCUCUUCCUAAGCCCAAAGAUGAAGAAGAAACCGAAAAGAAGCCCUAUGAAAGGAAACCAAAGGAAGAGCCAAAGCCUGAGGAGGAAAGAAAAAUAAAGCUUGGGAAAGGUCGACCAAAGCCUGAAGAACCAGAAGAAGAAGGAAUCAAACUGGGACGACCGAGGCGUCGGCCAAAGUCUCCUGAGGAGGCCGAGGUACCUCAUCUGAAACCGAUUCCCAAGAAAAAACCCGAAGAGGAGGAUAAAGAAAAGGUUUCUCGCAAACCCAAAAAGAAGCCAACGAAGGAUCUCCCAGAGCGCGAGCCAGUCGAACUUCAGCCAUUUGAACGUGGCGAACCAGAGAUCCUUGACAGAGACAAGGUGGAACUUGAAAAGCCUCUUAAGCCUCAACCUGAACCUAAAGAGAAACCAGAAGAAGAGCCAAAACUUCCAAAGCCAGAGGAGAAGGAACCUUCCCCUGAAGAUGAAACUAAGCCCAAGAAGGACAGGAAGAAGCCCGAGAAGAAGGAGGAAGAGGCUGAAGUGCCUUCAUGGAAAGGCAGGAGGCUUCCAAAGGAUGAAGAAAAAGAGGAGGUACAGCUCAAGCCAUUCGAUAAAGAAAAGCCAGACGAACCUAAGAAGAAACCCAAAACCAAGCCACGCAAACCUUACGAGCCUGAAAUCCCCGAACCUGAAAAGACUCCUCUGGAGCCCUACAGCAAACCAGAUAGGGAAAAAGUACCCGACGGAGUCCCGGAGGAGGAAAAGCCAAAGGAUGAAGAAAAGAUUCCCGAGGACGAAGAAAAGAAGCCGAAGAAGGUUAGGAAGAAGCCAGACAAGGAAGAGGAGGAAGAGACUCCUUCAUGGAGGGGACGAAGAAUUCCUAAAGACGAAGAAAAGGAAGACAUUCAAUUAAAACCCUUCAAAAAGGAGAAGCCAGACGAACCCAAGCCCACUCCCAAGGAUAAGUUGGGUAAGCCUUACGAGCUUGAAAUCCCAGAACAUGAGAGGAUUCCUCUUGAGCCCCAGAAAAAGCCAAAGAAGAAGAAGAAGGCUCCUGGAGAAGUUCCUAAGCCUGACGAAGAGGAGGCACCUCAGCCUGAUGAAGUAGAAGAGCCUAAGGAAAAACCAGAGAAGCCUGCCGAGAGACCUACAGAUUUACCGAAGAAGAAAAAGAAACGACCACAAUUAUUCCAAGCGCCUGAAGAAGGCACAACUCAGAUUUUUGGAGUUGCUCUCAGAAAAACAUCUCAAAAUGUCUUCGUUCCGGAGGAGGUGAAACUAGAGAAAAUCGAAUUGGAUCAUGUCGAAACACCAGAGGAGCCUGAAGCUCCGGAAAGGGAAAAGAGGGUUUGGACUCCUCCUCCUGAGUACGAAUCUUAUGUCCCUGAGGAAAUUCCUGAAAAAGAGGAUGUGGAACUAGAGAAGUAUGAACCCUUCAUGCCUCUUCCUAAGCCCAAAGAUGAAGAAGAAACCGAGAAGAAGCCCUAUGAAAGGAAACCAAAGGAGGAGCCAAAGCCUGAGGAGGAAAGAAAAAUAAAGCUUGGGAAAGGUCGACCAAAGCCUGAAGAACCAGAAGAAGAAGGAAUCAAACUGGGACGACCGAGGCGUCGGCCAAAGUCUCCUGAGGAGGCCGAGGUACCUCAUCUGAAACCGAUUCCCAAGAAAAAACCCGAAGAGGAGGAUAAAGAAAAGGUUUCUCGCAAACCCAAAAAGAAGCCAACAAAGGAUCUCCCAGAGCGCGAGCCAGUCGAACUUCAGCCAUUUGAACGUGGUGAACCAGAGAUCCUUGAGAGAGACAAGGUGGAACUAGAAAAGCCCCUUAAGCCUCAACCUGAACCUAAAAAGAAGCCAGAAGAAGAGCCAAAACUUCCAAAGCCAGAGGAGAAGGAACCUUCCCCUGAAGAUGAGACCAAGCCCAAGAAGGACAGGAAGAAGCCCGAGAAGAAGGAGGAAGAGCCUGAAGUGCCUUCAUGGAGAGGCAGGAGACUUCCCAAGGAUGAAGAGAAAGAGGAGGUACAGCUCAAGCCAUUCGAUAAAGAAAAGCCAGACGAACCUAAGAAGAAACCCAAAACCAAGCCUCGCAAACCUUACGAACCUGAAAUCCCCGAACCUGAAAAGACUCCUCUGGAGCCCUACAGCAAACCAGAUAGGGAAAAAGUACCCGAUGGAGUCCCGGAGGAGGAAAAGCCAAAGGAUGAAGAAAAGAUUCCCGAGGACGAAGAAAAGAAGCCGAAGAAGGUUAGGAAGAAGCCAGACAAGGAAGAGGAGGAAGAGACUCCUUCAUGGAGGGGAAGAAGAAUUCCUAAAGACGAAGAAAAGGAAGACAUUCAAUUAAAACCCUUCAAAAAGGAGAAGCCAGACGAACCCAAGCCCACUCCCAAGGAUAAGCUGGGUAAGCCUUACGAGCUUGAAAUCCCAGAACAUGAGAGGAUUCCUCUUGAGCCCCAGAAAAAGCCAAAGAAGAAGAAGAAGGCUCCUGGAGAAAUUCCUAAGCCUGACGAAGAGGAGGCACCUCAGCCUGAUGAAGUAGAAGAGCCUAAGGAAAAACCAGAGAAGCCUGCCGAGAGACCUACCGAUUUACCGAAGAAGAAAAAGAAACGCCCACAAUUAUUCCAAGCGCCUGAAGAAGGCACAACUCAGAUUUUUGGAGUUGCUCUCAGAAAAACAUCUCAAAAUGUCUUCGUUCCGGAGGAGGUGAAACUAGAGAAAAUCGAAUUGGAUCAUGUCGAAACACCAGAGGAGCCUGAAGCUCCAGAAAGGGAAAAGAGGGUUUGGACUCCUCCUCCUGAGUACGAAUCUUAUGUCCCUGAGGAAAUUCCUGAAAAAGAGGAUGUGGAACUAGAGAAGUAUGAACCCUUCAUGCCUCUUCCUAAGCCCAAAGAUGAAGAAGAAACCGAAAAGAAGCCCUAUGAAAGGAAACCAAAGGAAGAGCCAAAGCCUGAGGAGGAAAGAAAAAUAAAGCUUGGGAAAGGUCGACCAAAGCCUGAAGAACCAGAAGAAGAAGGAAUCAAACUGAGACGACCGAGGCGUCGGCCAAAGUCUCCUGAGGAGGCCGAGGUACCUCAUCUGAAACCGAUUCCCAAGAAAAAACCCGAAGAGGAGGAUAAAGAAAAGGUUUCUCGCAAACCCAAAAAGAAGCCAACAAAGGAUCUCCCAGAGCGCGAGCCAGUCGAACUUCAGCCAUUUGAACGUGGCGAACCAGAGAUCCUUGACAGAGACAAGGUGGAACUUGAAAAGCCUCUUAAGCCUCAACCUGAACCUAAAGAGAAACCAGAAGAAGAGCCAAAACUUCCAAAGCCAGAGGAGAAGGAACCUUCCCCUGAAGAUGAGACCAAGCCCAAGAAGGACAGGAAGAAGCCUGAGAAGAAGGAGGAAGAGCCUGAAGUGCCUUCAUGGAAAGGCAGGAGGCUUCCAAAGGAUGAAGAAAAAGAAGAGGUGAAGCUCAAGCCAUUCGAUAAAGAAAAGCCAGACGAACCUAAGAAGAAACCCAAAACCAAGCCACGCAAACCUUACGAACCUGAAAUCCCCGAACCUGAAAAGACUCCUCUGGAGCCCUACAGCAAACCAGAUAGGGAAAAAGAACCCGACAGAGUCCCUGAGGAGGAAAAGCCAAAGGAUGAAGAAAAGAUUCCUGAGGACGAAGAAAAGAAGCCGAAGAAGGUUAGGAAGAAGCCAGACAAGGAAGAGGAGGAAGAGACUCCUUCAUGGAGGGGACGAAGAAUUCCUAAAGACGAAGAAAAGGAAGACAUUCAAUUAAAACCCUUCAAAAAGGAGAAGCCAGACGAACCCAAGCCCACUCCCAAGGAUAAGCUGGGUAAGCCUUACGAGCCUGAAAUUCCAGAGCCAGAGAAACCUCCACAAGAACCGUUUGUAAAACCAGAGGAUGAAAAGAAACCCAAAAAGAAGCCCAAAAAGCCGAAAGGUGAACCAGAGAAGCCUGUCGAGGAACCCGAGGAAGAGGAGUUCUCCGAAAUCGAAGUGGAGAUCUUGGAGGAGAUGAUUACGCAGAAAGAACCCACCAUCAAGUCUCUCAAGCGUGCACACCAGAAGCCAAAAGACGUCGAAGCCAUUCCGCCGUCCUUCUCUCAAUCUUUGGAGCCUGUGGUUGUUAAACCUUCGCACAAGUCCGUGUUCAAGUGCGAGGUAAAGGGUUACCCUCCCCCAGAGGUGAAGUGGUACUUUAAUAGCUUCGAAAUCGUUCCUAGCCACAACAGAAUCAUUCGCUACGAGAACCGAGUGUCGACCUUGACCAUUGUCCGCACCACCGAGGACGAUGAGGGCAUGUACUCCUGCGAGGCCGUCAAUGUGGCAGGCAAAGCCACCACUAUCGCCAACUUGGUGCUGGAAGCACGUAAAGACAGGCCUCGAGGGCAGCCGCCGAAGGUCAUUGAGCCCUUGAAGCCCCAGAGCGUGAAGCAUGGCUCAAGGACGGUCCUGGAAACCACAAUCAAAGGCAACCCCACACCGAGGGUGUUGUGGUACCAUCUGGAGGACGAGAUAUUGCCCUCCCAGGAAUUUGUUCAGGAAUAUGAUGCCACCACAGGGCGAGCUGCUCUCACUAUUGGUGAGGUAUUUAUUGAUGACACGGGGCUGUACCGCUGUCUGGCUGUGAACCAGCACGGCCAGGAUGAAACAGCCACCUACCUUACAGUGGAGGACCUGGAGAUCCUGGAGAAGCAGGAGCUGAGACAAGCGCCUAGAAUUACUUUCCCACUCCAGGCACAAGUCAUAAAGAAAUCUUCUCCACUGGUCCUUCAGGCCAACUUUGAAGCCUUCCCGCCACCCACUGUCAAGUGGUAUCAUCAGGGGAAGGAACUAAAGCCUUCCCUGGACUAUAAGAUUGAAAACCUUGAAGAUGAAACGACCCUCUGUAUGGAGGAAGUUUUCGAAGACGACACUGGGGAAUAUGAAGUGAAAAUUUUCAAUGAGGUUGGAGAAGCCAGAUCUGUCGCCACAGUUAUUGUAACACAACCUGAAGAAACAAUUGAAAUGGAACCGCCAAUGUUCAUCAAACCGCUGGUGCCUCAGAUAAUACCAGAAGGAGAGGUGGCUUUCUUAGAAGCUGAAGUAAUCUCAAAACCUGAAGCUGACUUCACAUGGUUCAGACAUGGUCAGAAGAUCACAGCCGAUGAGGAGCUUGAAGUGCAGAUUACAAGUGGAGACAACAAAAGUUCUCUCGUUCUUGGGGAACUAUUUGAAGAUGACUCUGGUGACUAUACUGUCACUGCUCAAAACCCCAUUGGUCGAGCCUCCUCCACAGCCACACUGCUGGUGGAGGGCGAGGGAGCCGAAGAGGCUGAACCGCCAGCCUUUAACCCUCCUCUUACCCCUCUCCGAGUAAUGGACGGAGAUGAGGUUCGCUUCUCUUGCCGGGUGACGGGGAACCCCAAACCCAGGCUUCUGUGGCUCCAGAACGGCCGACCGAUAGGCCACCACCGAGAAAUGCAGGUGACCCAGACCCCUGACGGACACGCUGGGCUGGAGAUCAGUGAAGUGUUCCCGGAAGAUGCUGGAGACUACACCUGCAUAGCCCGGAAUAAGGCCGGGGAAGCAAGAACCACAGCUAACCUGGCUGUGGAGUCAUAUGAGUACCAGCAAGACUCUGAGGUUGCAACUGUCACCUCAGUCUCAGACAAGGCUGUUUUGUCAAUAUCUGAGGAGGAAGAGACGGAGGAGGUCGACAAGGGUUCGGAGUCAGAUACCUCCGAGGCGGGCUCCUCUCCCUUCUUCAUCACCAGACUUGCAAAGGUCGUGGAGGUGAAGGAAGGCAGCCCAGUAAGCCUGAUCACCAAGGCCACUGGGUACCCGAAGCCAACCAUCAAGUGGCACGUUGACAAUACUCCAGUUGAGGUGACAGAGAAUGUUGCUUUGGAGACUUAUGAGGACGGCACAUCUGUCCUCAACAUUCCUCAUGCUGUCCUGGAUGACUGCGGGGAGUACACAUGUGAGGCCCUGAACAGGAAUGGUGUUGACACAACCGUCACCACUGUAGUUGUCCUCCAGGAACACACGGAGGAAUCCAAGGCGUACCGCAAGCCAGACUGGGUGACUCGCAUGGAGGACCUCAAACAGGCCAUGACAGCCGAACACACCAAACCACAAUUCACAGAAGAAAUUGUCAACACACAUGUCAAGGAAAUGGAAACCAUCACAUUCACCACCACUUUCGCGGGUAACCCCAAGCCAGAGAUCAGCUGGUACCACAACAACAAGCUCAUCCGCCAGCACGCUUCCUAUCAGAUGAGAGUCCGCAACGACAAGGCAAUGCUGACCGUGGUUCAGGCGCGGCCUGAGAUGCGCGGCGAGUACACCUGCCGUGCCGUCAACUCUGAGGGAGAAACCUUCACCAAGGCCACGCUGGAGGUGACAGAACUGACUUUUGAAGAGAAGUUGAAGGUCGACGAUGAAAGGUAUGCAGCUGUACACAUCCAGCACGCUGCUGAGCUAAUGAGAGAAAAGGAGAGAGAACGUGCCGUCAAAAUGAGACAAGAACACCAUGAGGCCAUAGAACGACUCAAGGUUGAAAAGCAGGAACGUUCAGUUCAGCUUGAAAAGGAGCUUGAAGAAGCAAAAAAGAAAGCCUGGAAGCCUUUGACUGAGAGAAAAGAAGUCAAGGUUUACAAAUCAGUUAAAGAACGCUGUGUAGCGGAAGUUUACUCAAACUGGAAGGCACCUAUGACUCUUGAGGAACGCUACCCUGAGAUACAGCCCAGUGAAUUUGCUCCCAAUCAGAUUCCUGGUGUGAAAUGCUUUGUGAAGGUUUCUGAGACUUCAGUUAAAGGUGAAGAGGUUGUCAAGGAAAUAGCUCCUCAGUUCUUUGAGGAUCAGCAAGUUAUUACUGAGCUGGCCAGAAUUCACACAUUGCUGAAGAGCAGCAUUAAGGUCAGUGAAAUAUGGUCAAUGUUCAGGGCUGGUGAGUUCAAGUCUCUCCUGCAACCUAAGAUUCAACCUGCACUAGUUAAAAUUUGUGAGCACAUUGGGCACCAUAGAAAUGUCUCCAUUGUUUUGGCCCAAGAAACCCAGGAGCAGGCCAAGAAGCACCCUGUUGGCCUCAAGGCUUUCUUACGUAUGGUGAAGCACGCCAAGAACAUUAAACCAGAUGCACUGUUCAAGGAGAUUGUCCCAAGAGAGAUGGGCAUGUUCUCCUCCACCACUCAGGAGCUUACCAAGGUGUCUCAGAUGCUAAACCAAGGCAUUGAAACAGAAGAGAUCAUUGCUUGCUGUGAGGCUGGGAAGCUCCCUGCCCUGAAGAAGCCAGAGACUCAGCAGCCACUCAUCAACAUGGUGGAGAAGCAUGGCCACUCAGUCAUGGUUGCUCAGGUGUUAGUUGAGGAAGCUUACCGAGAAGCAAAAUAUGAGCAAGUGACGACGGAAGAGGCCGACGAGCUGAUUCAUGAGGAGGAGGAAAAGAAGAAAGUCAGAGUUACGAAGGUCAAGUCAAUUGAGGAGAAACCCACACCUACCCCUGUUGAGGAGAAACCCACACCUACCCCUGUUGAGGAGAAACCCACACCAGCUCCCAAGGAGCCAGAGCCAACACCUAAAACAGAGGAAGACAAAAAGACAGUCAGACCAAAACGCAAACCCAAAACAAAGAAAACAGUUGCAGAACACACAGAGGAGGUCACGGAGGAGGAGGUUUCUGAAACACCAAAAACUGAACAAAUUGAAGAAACAGUUACACAGGUUGAAGAAAUAGAGGAAAUAAUUGAGGCACAGCCAACACCCACUCCUGAGAAACCAGAGGAAAAACCAACACCAAAACCAAUUACAGAUGAACAAAAACCCACACCUACUCCUGUUGAGGAGAAACCCACACCUACUCCUGUUGAUGAGAAACCCACACCUACUCCUGUUGAGGAGAAACCCACACCAGCUCCCAAGGAGCCAGAGCCAACACCUAAGACAGCGGAAGACAAAAAGACAGUCAAACCAAAACGCAAACCCAAAACAAAGAAAACAGUUGCAGAACACACAGAGGAGGUCACGGAGGAGGAGGUUUCUGAAACACCAAAAACUGAACAAAUUGAAGAAACAGUUACACAGGUUGAAGAAAUAGAGGAAAUAAUUGAGGCACAGCCAACACCCACUCCUGAGAAACCAGAGGAAAAACCAACACCAAAACCAAUUACAGAUGAACAAAAACCCACACCUCUUACAGUUGAGGAGAAACCCACACCUACCCCUGUUGAGGAGAAACCCACACCUACUCCUGUUGAAGAAAAGCCAACACCAGCUCCCAAGGAGCCAGAGCCAACACCAAAGACAGAGGAAGACAAAAAGACACUGAAACCAAAGAAAAAACCCAAAACAAAGAAAACUGUCACAGAACACACAGAAGAGGUCACAGAGGAGGAGGUUUCUGAAACUCCUCAAGUUGAACAAAAAGAUGAAACAAUUACACAGGUUGAGGAAACUGAAAUACUUGAAAUACAAGACACUAUUCAGGAGGAGAAAAAGACACCCAAAAAGAAACCCAAACCCAAAACAAAGAAAACUGUCACAGAACACACGGAAGAAGUCACAGAGGAGGAGGUUUCUGAAGUUCCUCAGGUUGACCAGACAGACAUUACAGUUACACGGGUUGAGAAAAUUGAGGAAGAAAUUCUUGAAGAAACAACACCAGACAAACCAACACCAGCACCCACUGAGGAGAAACCAACACCUAAAACAGAGGAAGACAAAGUAACAAAGAAACCCAAACCCAAACCCAAAACAAAGAAAACCAAAGCAGUACACAUAGAGGAAGUUGUGGAGGAGGAGAUUUCUGAGACUCCUAAAGUUGAAGAAAGGGAAGUCACAGUUACACAGACUGAAGACAUUGAAGAGGAAAUACUUGAAACAGAAACAACACAUAUUCCAGAGCAACCCAAACCAACACCAACUCCUGAACAAAAACCCACACCAGCUCCCGUGGAAGAAAAAUUGGUUGAGGAAAAGCCAAAACCUGCUCCUGAAAAAACAGAGGAAAAAGUUAAACCAGAACGCAAACCCAAGACUAAAAAGAAGACCGUGGUUUCAGAAGUGGUUGAGGAGGAGGUUCAUGAAACUCCUAAGACUGAACAGAAGGAUGUCACUGUUACAAAGACUGAGAUAAUUGAGGAGGUCAUACCUGAAGAAAUCAUAACAGAGGAGAGGACGGAAGUGACGGAAGUUGUGAAGAAGCCUAAGGAAAAACCCAAGAAACCCAAGAAACCCAAGACAACAGAGGAGGUCACAAUUGAAGAGGAUGUAAUUGAGGAGGUCAUACCUGAAGAGAUCAUAACAGAGGAGAGGACGGAAGUGACGGAAGUUGUGAAGAAGCCUAAAGAAAAACCCAAGAAACCCAAGAAACCCAAGACAACAGAGGAGGUCACAAUUGAAGAGGAUGUAAUUGAGGAGGUCAUACCUGAAGAGAUCAUAACAGAGGAGAGGACGGAAGUGACAGAAGUUGUGAAGAAGCCUAAAGAAAAGCCCAAACCCAAGAAACCCAAGACACAGAAGACAACAGAGGAGGUCACCACUGAGGUCACACAGAUUACAGAGCCCCUGGAAGAACAGGAGGUCACUGAGGUCACGGUUACUGAGGAGGAGGUUAAGGAAAUGCCAAAGAAAAAAGUAAAAGUGAAAAAGACAACAACCAAAACUGCACCAGUCCCUCUUGACCAGCCCAUCGAGGAAGUGUCUGCGCUGGAACGGCCCGACAUGGUUCCCGAGGAGAUUGUUCCCUCUGUUGAGCGUGACGAAUUGAAAAAGGUUACCGUGCAAAAAACACAGAUCAUGAAGAAAGAGAUAUUACAGGAACAGCCAGAAGAUAUCCAAGAGGUCACAGAGAUUACAGAGGUGACAGUAAAAGAGUUGGCUAAAGUUUCAGAUAUGCCUGAGGUUGUGGAGAAGGUCUCUUUAGUUCAGCAGCCAACACACAUAAAACAAAAGGUGUUACCUGAAGAAAAGCCGGAAGAGGCAGAAGAAGUAACUACUUCAAAGCUGCCCUUGGAAGAGGCUAAGCCAGGAGAGGAACCCAAGCACUUGGAGAAGGGCAAAGUCACCAAACCUCUCGUGCUGCAGAAGGAGAAGGUGGUUUCAGAACAACCUGAGGUCACAGAAGAAGUUACCACUAAAUUUGUGACAGAGAAAGCCUUGGUGUCAGAGGAGCCUGAGACAAUGGAAACAUCAGUUGUCCACAAACCAACUGUGCACGAAAAACGUGAAGUGAAGAAAAAGGUUACGAAACGUGUGGAAGAGAAGGUUGAACCAAGCGAGGAGCAGGUGAUAACUGAGAUAACGGAAACAGAGGAGGUCAUCACUGAACGUCGUAAGCCAAAGCCAACAGAGAAAGAGGAGCAGGAGGUCAUUGAAAAAACCGAGGUAGAGGAGGAGCAAACAGAACAAACACAACAGACUACCGUACAAAAACAAACACCACUACAGCCGGAAACACAACAGGAGGAACAACAGACCACCACAACCCUUCCUCAACCUCCCCUCACAUUACUCAAGGAAACUCCUCAACAAAUACUUGUCCCCGAGGGCCAGACAGACUCCCUACAGAUAGCCUCCCUGCCAACCUCCAUUCAGGCUCAGGUCAGCCAAGAGGAGGCUAGAGCCACACUCAGGGCUGAGGUCACACAGGUCCACACAGAGCUGUGUGUGCCUGGCUUUAAGGCCUUGAUUCGCUUGGCCACGGACAACCAAGUAGACCUUGAGACGGUUGAGCUAAAGCCCCUGGAGAAGACAACAUUUGCCAAGGACAUUGGAAAGUUGAGCUUCCACUUGAAGAAGGGAGUGCAGGUCAAUGAACUUAUGACCAUGAUAAAAGAGAAUGAGUUUGUUUCCCUGAAGCAGCCGAAGCACCAGGCUCAGCUCCUGGAGGUGGCCGACCGCCUGGGACACGCCACAGUGCACAAGGUCUUGGUGCAGGAGGCGGCCGACAGGUGCGAUGACAAGAUUGGCCUGAAGUCUGUGAUGCGCACCAUUCAGCAAGGAAAGGAAUCCAUGGAGCAGGUGAUUCUGAGCACUGCCAAAGAAUUUGGCCCAUCCUCAGAGCCUGUGAAGGAGAUGGCUGCUGUCGGUUAUCUCCUCCAAGAGGGUGUCAAGUGUGAUGAAGUGAUGACUCUUGUUGAGUCUGGUCUGCUGUCAAGCCUCAAGAUGCCUCAGGCCCAGGUGCCACUCACUUCCAUGGUGGCUGACAAGGGACACAUUGGCUCAAUUUGUGAAGUCUUAGUGGAGGAGUCUGUGAGGGAGGUGGCAAAGCCAAGGCCAAAGGGAGAGGCGGCGCGCAUGACUGAGGUGAAGGAAAUUCUUAAGAAGGCCAAAGCAGAGACGGUGGACGUGAAGACUUUUGCGCCUGAGAUGGUCCCUGGCGUGAAGGCCUAUGUCCGCAUGGCCCAGGAGGAAAGCGUCAGCAUUGAGGAGGUGGUCCAGAAGGCCAAACUGGAGCCCAAAGUGAAAGAGGAGAUGGCCAAGAUCGGCAUGAUGGUCAAGCACGGCGUUUUGGCCCAGGAUGUGCUCACCCUGAUGGAGGCCGGGGAGUUCCCUCAGCUCAUGAGAGAGGAGGCGCAAGCAGAGCUCUUGACAGUCAUCGAGGAGUUUGGCUUCAGAGCGCUGAUUAAUGAGGUUGUCCUUGAGCAAGUGCAGCAAGCCAUUCAAAAGACCGGCAAGCCUCUGGGGGUCAAAUCCUUCAUGCGCAUGAUGGAGCAAGCCAAUGUCAACGUCGAGGAAAUCAUUACAGAGAAGUUCCCCAAAGAGCUGGAAGCAGACCUGCAGCCAGUGUGCAAGGAAAUGGCCAAAGUGAGUGUCAUGCUCAAAGAGGGUGUUCAGGCCCAGGAGAUUAUGUCCAUGAUAGAGGCCGGGGAGCUGCCCAGCCUGCAGCGUCCUGAAGCCCAGGUGCCUCUGGUCAACAUGGUGGGGCAGGAGGGACACACAGCAAUAGUCUGCCAAGUUCUGAUUGAGGACUCGCUCAGUAGCAUAAUUCAAGAACUCCCCAAGGUAGACAAAGCAACCAUCUCCUCCGUCGAGACCCUCGAGUCGGCUACUGAAACCCAGGUUGAAGUUAAAGCCAAGAAAGUGAAGAAAAUCAAGAAGGCAACUGAAACAACUGAAGAAUCAGAAACUGAGGAAAUAACCAAAAAGCUCAUGCGAACACCAUCCAGGGAGAGAAGCGAGACCGUGGAAGUGACGAUGGAAGAAGCCACGCACUUUGAAAAGCCGAAGCCCAAAAAGGAAAAGGCAAAGGAGACCGUCAUUGAGGACGUCAAAGACUCGCUAACUGUGACGGAAAGCUUAACAGAGGAGCAAACGGCUCCGUGGGUUCAAGGAGAAAAAAUUCAUCUUAAGAAAUCUGUUAGUAUUACCCCCGAGCUGGUGGCGUCCCAGCCACUCCAGGUAACCGAUACUAAAGCAGAAGAUACAUGUGUUUCUCUGACGACUGAGAAAGGUAAGGAAGAAAAAGCAACAGUUAAGGAAGGGUUGCUCGACUCAAUUACGGUUACUGAAAAGAUUCCCGAAGAACAACCAACUCCAUGGCGCAAGGGUGAAAAGGUGCCCUUCAGGACAGAAAGUAUUGAGCCCAGUCUGGUGUCAUCACAACCCCUGCAGGUGACAGACACAAAGGUGGAGGACUCCUACACUAUACUGAAGACAGAGAAGGGUGAAGAGGUGAAGGCAAAGGUCACUGAAGACCUGAGAACCCCUCUCACUGUGACAGAAAACCUUGCACAGGAGGAACCAACACCGUUCCGUGAGGGUGAAAAAGUGCCCUUCAGAACACAGAGUAUUCAGCCUGACUUGGUCUCCUCGCAGCCACUUACAGUCACAGACACUAAGGUGGAAGACUCCUACACGAUUCUAAAACCAGAGAAGGGUGAAGAGGUGAAGGCCAAGGUUACAGAGGACCUGAGAACCUCCCUGACUGUGACUGAGAGCAUGACACACGAAGAACCAACACCGUUCCGCGAGGGUGAAAAGGUGCCCUUCAAGACACAGAGCAUUCAGCCCGACUUGAUAUCAUCUCAACCACUUACAGUCACAGACACCAAAGUGGAAGACUCCUACACAAUUCUUAAGACAGAGAAGGGUGAAGAGGUAAAGGCUAAGUUGACUGAAGAUUUGAGAACCUCUCUGACUGUGACAGAAAGCAUUGCUCAUGAGGAACCAACACCAUUCCGUGAGGGUGAGAAGGUGCCCUUUACGACACAGAGCAUUCAACCUGACUUGAUUUCAUCUCAACCACUUACAGUCACGGACACCAAAGUGGAAGACUCCUACACAAUUCUUAAGACAGAGAAGGGUGAAGAGGUAAAGGCUAAGAUGACUGAAGAUUUGAGAACCUCUCUGACUGUGACAGAAAGCAUUGCUCAUGAGGAACCAACACCAUUCCGUGAGGGUGAGAAGGUGCCCUUCAAGACACAGAGCAUUCAGCCUGACAUGGUCUCCUCACAGCCACUCACUGUUACAGACACUAAGGUGGAGGAUUCAUACUCUAUACUGAAGACAGAGAAGGGUGAGGAGGUGAAGGCAAAGGUGACUGAAGAUCUAAGAACCUCCCUGACUGUGACUGAGAGCAUGACACACGAGGAACCAACACCGUUCCGUGAGGGUGAAAAAGUUCCCUUCAAGACACAGAGCAUUCAGCCCGACAUGGUGUCUUCACAGCCACUCACAGUCACAGACACAAAGGUGGAAGACUCCUACACGAUUCUAAAACCAGAGAAGGGUGAGGAGGUGAAGGCCAAGGUGACUGAAGAUCUGAGAACCUCCCUGACUGUGACUGAGAGCAUGACACAUGAGGAACCAACACCGUUCCGUGAGGGUGAAAAAGUUCCCUUCAAGACACAGAGCAUUCAGCCCGACAUGGUGUCUUCACAGCCACUUACCGUCACAGACACCAAAGUGGAAGACUCGUACUCCAUACUGAAGACAGAGAAGGGUGAAGAGGUGAAGGCCAAGGUUACAGAGGACCUGAGAACCUCCCUGACUGUGACUGAGAGCAUGACACACGAAGAACCAACACCGUUCCGCGAGGGUGAAAAAGUCCCCUUCAAGACACAGAGCAUUCAGCCCGACAUGGUGUCUUCACAGCCACUUACCGUCACAGACACCAAAGUGGAAGACUCGUACUCCAUACUGAAGACAGAGAAGGGAGAAGAGGUGAAGGCAAAGGUCACUAAAGAUCUCCAGACUUCUUUGACUGUGACAGAAAGCAUGACACAUGAAGAGCCAACGCCAUUCCGUGAGGGUGAGAGAGUACCAUUUAAAACUCAAACCAUCCAGCCUGACCUGGUCUCAUCUGAACCACUUACAGUCACAGACACCAAAGUGGAAGACUCAUACUCCAUACUGAAGACAGAGAAGGGUGAGGAGGUGAAGGCCAAGGUUACAGAGGACCUGAGAACCUCCUUGACUGUGACUGAGAGCAUGACACAUGAAGAACCAACACCGUUCCGUGAGGGUGAGAAAGUCCCCUUCAAAACACAGAGCAUUCAGCCCGACAUGGUGUCUUCACAGCCGCUUACCGUCACAGACACCAAAGUGGAAGACUCGUACUCCAUACUGGAGACAGAGAAGGGUGAGGAGGUGAAGGCAAAGGUCACAGAGGACCUGAGAACCUCCCUGACUGUGACUGAGAGCAUGACCCAUGAGGAACCAACACCGUUCCGUGAGGGUGAGAAGGUGCCCUUCAAGACACACACCAUCCAGCCCGAUUUGGUCUCCUCACAGCCGCUUACAGUCACAGACACUAAGGCGGAAGACUCCUACACGAUUCUCGAGACAGAGAAGGGUGAAGAGGUGAAGGCAAAGGUGACUAAAGAUCUCCAGACUUCUUUAAAUGUGACAGAAAGCAUUGCACAGGAAGAACCAACUCCCUGGCGUGAGGGUGAAAAGGUGCCCUUCAAGACGCAGACUAUUCAGCCUGACUUUGUGUCUUCACAGCCACUCACUGUUACAGACACUAAGGUGGAGGAUUCAUACUCUAUACUGAAGACAGAAAAGGGAGAAGAAGUGACAGCAAAUGUCACAGAAGAUCUGAGAACCUCACUGACUGUGACAGAAAGCAUUGCACAUGAAGAACCAACACCGUGGCGCGAGGGUGAAAAGGUUCCCUUCACAACGAGGACUAUUGAGCCAGAGUUCGUGGCAUCACAGCCACUUCACGUCACAGACACCAAAGUGGAAGAUUCAUACACGAUUCUAAAGACAGAGAAGGGUCAGGAAGUGAAGGCCAAUGUUACUGAAGAUCUCAGAACUUCACUGACUGUUAGUGAAAAUAUUCCACAAGAAGAACCAGCCCCAUGGCAGGAAGGUCAAAAAUUGCCCCUCACACAGACUGGCAAACCCGCUGUGGUUCCCUCCGUGUCUGUGCAAGUAACGGACACAAAACUGGUAGAUUCUGUCGGAACUUUCCAAGAGGAAGAAACUGAAAAGGUUCAAGCAACUGUCACAGAGGACUUGCUGGAUUCUGUUGUGGUAACUGAAAGACUUCCAGAGGAACAGCCAUCACCUCUGAAGAAACCAGCAAGAGCAACUGCUGAUUCGGCAGACCACACACUCGUUGUUAUGGAGCAUGACUCCCUCUCAGUUUCAGAAGUUUAUAUUAAAGAGGGAAGCACUCAGUUUGAACCUGAGAAAACUCAUCCUCAGGAAGCUGUUGGGAAUGUUGAGCCCCUGCAGGCUGUGACAACAUUGGACCAGAUAUGUGAUGAAUCUCUGGCCAAGCUCUCAGACUUCAUGGCAGCCACUCACAAGGCCAAACUUUUGGGCCAAGAUGCUCAACACACAAUACAAGUUACUGAGCAGAUGACUCAUGAAAGCAUUCAAGAUCUAGAGAAAGCAAAGCAAAAUUAUCAAAAUGUUAAAUGUGCUUUUGAAGGACAAAAUGCAGCUCUGACAGAAGAGGUUGUGGUACAUGAUGCAGAGGAUGAAUAUAAGCCAACGGCUCCUAAAUCAGCUGAGACAACGCAGACAACUGUUAGGAAAGAGUUAGAAGCUGUGAUGGUGGCUGAAACCAAAUUAGAGGAAGAUACUCAAUCAUGGGAAAAGGUGAGUGAAUCAUUUGAAAAGGCCAAACCAAAUGUCCUGGAACUGAAGCAUAUCCAGGUGUCUGAAACCUUCAAGGCUGACAAGGAGGAUGUCUUCACUCAGCCCACUCCUCUACAACAGCAAGGAAAGUCAGUGCAAGAGCAGCCACUGCAGCCCCUCACCAUUCAGGGCCAUGACGUGCAGGAGGAUGCUGCCUCGUGGAAAUCUCGUAUUGAGCAAGAACAGACUGCCAGAACCUCUGUGAUGGAAAGCAUGCCACUCAGCAUCACUGAAACUCAGCAACAUGACACAUAUAAAGAAUACAAAUCAGACACACCACUGAUGGUUCAGGCAACUCAAACUGAUGACAAGAGGGAAGCCCUGGCUGUGUCUGAGGUCAAGGCAGAAUCUCCAAUCCGUGAGCUGACCAAACCAAAGCUGGAAGAGGAACAUGCUGAGGUCAUCCACUCAAAGAACACGUCUGUUGUCAUAUCGUCAUCACAAGUCCAGGAGAGUGAAGCGCCUCUGAAAAUCCAGCGUCCCAAAGAGGAGCACGCUGAGGGCAUAGACAUCAACGCCUUCCACCCUAUUGCCAUUUCUGAUACAGAGGUUCAGCUUCCUGUGGAUGAGCUGAGUCAGCCAGUGCCUCUUACAGGAACAGCCAAGUCUAGUUUUAUUCAUCAAAAGGCCGUUGAAGUUCUUGAAUCUCAGACUCAUCAGAAAGAAACGGAUUUCCAGCCCAUGAAGGUGGCAGACAUGAAGCUGGAAGGGACCGUGGAAUGUAGCGAACACACCCUUGAGGUCAGGGAAACACGAGCUCAGUCCCCAAUAAAAGAUCUCAAAGAAAGUAAGCCUUCCACCGACAUGGCCAGUGCCUCAAUUAUCCCUCAGAAGUCUGUAAGAGUCUCUGAGGUGUCUGUCAGUUACAAGGAGGAAGAAUUUAAAGAGGUUCCAAGAUUCUCUCAUGUUGCAUCAUUAGAGCAACUCCCAGGCCAUGAGCCAUUGCUGAUAACACAGAGCACUGUUCAGGACAGCACAAUAGACCUGAAAACUGAUGAACCCCAGAAGGAGGUUGCCUCAGUGGACUUCAAGGGCCAUCACGCCGCGGCUGUCACCGAGGUGGAGACGGCGCAGGUGGAAGGGGAGUACAGCCCAGACAAGUUGCCUUUGACUACUGCCAAAACUGACAUGGUGGAGGGCAUGCCAUCUGCUGUCACUGAAGAGGUCUGUGCUGAUUCAUCUGUUAAGGAACUAACAGUGCCAGAAAUGCCUCAGUCUAAAGAAGCCACCACUGGAUUUGAAGAGAAAAAGGCAGUAUCCAUUCAUGAGACAGACACCCACGAGAAGGAAGGCUCCUUCACUGAGUCCAAACCUACGCCAUUGCAACUCCACUCCAAAAUAAAUGGAGGACUGGAGCCACUUCUUGUCACAGAGGUAGAGAGUGAAGAAGCAAUCAGUAAACUGUUAGAGAAGCCUGCACCCUCCAUGGAGAAUGCUACGAUAGAGCUCACACAUGCAGCGAAAGUGGCUCUGUCAUCUGGCAUCGUGAUAAAUGAGCGGGAAGGGCUGCACAAAGAAGAAAAGCCUGAAGCUCAGUUAGCAGAAGGCAGCAUUAGCACCGGGGAAGCCAUCUCUGUCUCAGAAGUCCUUCCCCAUUCUUCCACAACAGAUCUUAAACUUGCUCCUAAGCCUAAAGCAGAAGAAGGAACGGGCUCUCUUGUUCCCACCAAAACUGCAACCAUAUCAGAGGUUGUCCUGCAUGAGAAGGAAGGAAUACACACAUCAAGCAAAUUCCCUACAAUGUCUCUCCCAAGCCAGACAGAAGCGCCAAAUAUUCCUCUCGUUGUCCAGGAGACUUGCACGGCAUCAAGUGUGUCAGACCUGCCGGCAGAUAAGGUUCAACCAACAGAGUCAGCAUCUGUGUCCCUCUUUGCACAUAGAAUUGCUUCAUCUUCUGAUGUUGGAAUCAACGAGAAAGAGGGAAUCUAUGUGCAGGAAAAACCAAUAGAAGAUCUUGCAAAGGUAGAAUUUGAAAGUGCCAAGGCCCCUCUUCAAAUCAGUGAAACACGUGCUGAGUCCCCUAUCAAGGACUUCAAGGAUGAGAAACCAAUUGAGUCUCAGGUGAUGCCAUUCUUCAUACCUCAGAAGGCAGUGUCUGUUAUUGAGACAGAGACCAAGGACAAAGAAGGAAUUCUUGAACUUGAAAAACCUGGAACUGUUUCUCUAGAAUCUGAUAUGAUACAACCAUUGCAGCCUCUUACAAUAUCUGAGGUAACAGCAGAUUCAAGUACGCACACACUCUCUCUGGAAAAGCUAAAUGAAGAGCAAGCAAAUCCUAGUCAUGAACUCCACACUGCUGCUUCUGUCACUGAGGCGAUGGUGCACCACAAAGAGGAGGAAUAUGAAGGCGACAAACUCGUCACUAUUGUCCCCAAGGAGUUCCAAACACCCGGGUUCUGGUCGUUGGAGAUUACAGAAACUGAACCUGAAGAACGAUUUGAAAAGCGCUUUGAAAAACAAACUCCAAGAAGCCAUGCUCGGCCUGAUGUGAUCCCUCAGGAUACGCUCGAAGUGCAGGAAGUCAGAAUCCACGAAUCUGAAAACACGUUCGAUACCGUUGCGCCCGAACCGUCGAAGGUUAACGCGUCAGCUCGUGUAGCGGGUCAUGUUGUGGCAGUGUCGACAAAUAUCGAACCUGCGGACAGCCUCCAGAAAAUGGCUGAUAGUGAAAUGAUCGAAGAAAGAAAAGCCGUGUGCUCGUUCAACACACAGCAGGUCGCGGAAGUGUUGCAGCAUGACGUUAGUGAAGCUGGAAAUGUUAUAAAAGAAAAGAAAGAGGAAAGCAAAACGGCUCUCCCGAGUGUUGAGGAAAUGCAGUCAGUGUCGGUGUCCGAGGUUAGCGCAGAAAUUAAAGAGGAAGAUUACGUAACCGAACAACCAUAUGUACACAAUGUAGAAGCCAAACCAGUGAUCACUCCGAUGCAUUUAGCCAACGUUGCUCAUCCCGACAUUGGUGAGCAGGAGGGUAGUGUGUCUACACUCGACACCUCAGCUACAGCUCACGCCAAACUUGAUUUCACUCCACACAUUUCUACACAAGUCAUGCAACAACAUCCUGACAUACUUCCUGGCAUAAUAAAACCUGAACAACACAUUCUGGCUACAGGUAAGAUUGUACUGGAACAGGCUACACAUGUCUCAGGCUCUCAGGAAGUUGUCGUUGAGACUGUGACAGAAGAGAAGGAUAUUAAGUUACCAAGAGCGGAAACAGCUAAAUCGGUAUUACCAGAACAGGAGUCAAUUUCGGUGGAAGAAGUCUCAGUAAAGGAAGCCCCUGGAUCUGUGAGUGAAACCAAGCCAAUGGGUGUUACUGCUACUUCUAUUAUUUCUCCUCAUGAAUCUGUAACCAUUGAAGAGGUGUCAGUUAAGGAGGCACCGGGAGAUAUCAAGGAAGCCAAGCCCAAGACAGAGCAGGCUACCUCUGUCUUCUCUCCUCAAGAAUCGAUCUCUGUGCACGAGGUUUCCGUAAAAGAAUCCUCAGGCUCGAUCGAGGAAGCAAAGCCCAAAACAGAACAGGCCACCUCCGUUUUCUCAACUCAUGAAUCGGUGUCAGUUCAAGAAGUGGCGGUCAAGGAGGCACCGCAAGAUAUAUCAGAAAAGAAACCAAAGUCAGAAGUGGCCACCUCAAUCCUGUCAGAGCAUGAAUCUAUCGGGGUUGAGGAAGUAUCGGUGAAGGAAGCCCCAGGAACCAUGAAAGAUGCCAAGCCCAAGGAGGAGCAAGCAACGUCAGUCAUUGCUCCGCACGAGUCAAUCACGGUACAGGAAAUAUCAGUCAAAGAAGCUCCAACAGACAUUUCAGAAAAGAAGCCAAAAACUGAAACAGCAACUUCUAUCCUAUCGGAGCAGGAAUCCAUCUCAGUACAAGAGGUCUCAGUGAAAGAAUCUCACGGUGACAUGAAAGAUAGCAAGCCCAAAACAGAACAGGCUACUUCCAUUGUCUCUCCUCUUGAGCCUCUCACCAUUGAGGAAGUCUCGGUGAAGGAAAGCUCUGGUGACAUCACAGAGAAGAAACCAAAGUCUGAACAAGCAACAUCCAUCUUCUCAGAGCAGGAGUCCAUCUCUGUCCAGGAGGUGGCAGUCAAGGAGGCUCCUGGAACAAUGAAGGAUGCCAAGCCAAAGACUGAACAAGCCACCUCAGUUAUUUCUCCACAUGAGUCUCUCACAGUACAGGAAGUAUCUGUCAAGGAAGCUCCUUCUGACCUCAGUGAGCAUAAGCCCAAGACAGAGAAGGCCACAUCCAUUUUGUCAGAGCAGGAAUCCAUUUCUGUGCAGGAGAUCUCAGUCAAAGAGGCUCCUGGAACGAUGAAGGAUGCCAAGCCUAAGACUGAACAAGCCACUUCCAUCAUCUCCCCUCAUGAGUCCAUCACCAUUGAGGAGGUGACAGUGAAGGAGACUCCGGGAGACAUCACAGAGAAGAAACCAAAGACUGACAAGGCAACUUCCAUCCUGUCAGAACAGGAGUCUAUCUUUGUACAAGAGGUAACAGUCAAGGAGGCUCAUGGUGACAUGGCUGAUGCCAAACCAAAGACUGAACAGGCUACUUCAAUAAUUUCUCCUCACGAAUCUGUGACAGUGGAGGAAGUCACUGUCAAAGAAACUUCUGGCGAAGUUGUGGACAAGACACCACAAUCAGAACAAGCUACAUCAAUUCUGCUGGAGCAGGAAUCCAUUUCAGUACAUGAGGUCUCAGUUAAGGAAUCUCAUGGUGACAUGAAAGAUAGGAAGCCCAAAACAGAACAGGCUACUUCCAUUGUUUCUCCUCUUGAGCCUCUCACCAUUGAGGAAGUGUCGGUGAAGGAAAGCUCUGGAGACAUCACAGAGAAGAAACCAAAGGCUGAACAGGCCACUUCAAUCUUCUCAGAGCAGGAAUCCAUCUCUGUCCAGGAGGUGGCAGUCAAGGAGGCUCCUGGAACAAUGAAGGAUGCCAAGCCAAAGACUGAACAAGCCACCUCAGUUAUUUCUCCACAUGAGUCUCUAACAGUACAGGAAGUAUCUGUCAAGGAAGCUCCUUCUGACCUCAGUGAGCAUAAGCCCAAGACAGAGAAGGCCACAUCCAUUUUGUCAGAGCAGGAAUCCAUCUCUGUACAGGAGAUCUCAGUCAAGGAGGCUCCUGGAACGAUGAAGGAUGCCAAGCCUAAGACUGAACAAGCCACCUCAAUCAUCUCCCCUCAUGAGUCCAUCACUAUUGAGGAAGUAACAGUUAAAGAGACUCCUGGAGACAUCACAGAAAAGAAACCAAAGACUGACAAGGCAACUUCCAUCCUGUCAGAACAAGAGUCCAUCUUUGUACAAGAGGUAACAGUCAAGGAGGCUCAUGGUGACAUGGCUGAUGCCAAACCAAAGACUGAACAGGCUACUUCAAUAAUUUCUCCUCACGAAUCUGUGACAGUGGAGGAAGUCACUGUCAAAGAAACUUCAGGCGAAGUUGUGGACAAGACACCACAAUCAGAACAAGCUACAUCAAUUCUCCUGGAGCAGGAAUCCAUCUCAGUACAUGAGGUCUCAGUUAAGGAAUCUCAUGGUGACAUGAAAGAUAGGAAGCCCAAAACAGAACAGGCUACUUCCAUUGUAUCUCCUCUUGAGCCUCUCACCAUUGAGGAAGUCUCGGUGAAGGAAAGCUCUGGUGACAUCACAGAGAAGAAACCAAAGUCUGAACAGGCCACUUCAAUCUUCUCUGAACAAGAGUCCAUCUCUGUCCAGGAGGUGGCAGUCAAGGAGGCUCCUGGAACAAUGAAGGAUGCCAAGCCCAAGACUGAGCAGGCCACCUCAAUAAUCUCUCCUCAUGAAUCUCUCACCAUAGAGGAAGUAUCUGUCAAGGAAGCUCAUUCCGACCUCAGCGAGCAUAAGCCCAAGACAGAGAAGGCCACGUCAAUUUUGUCAGAGCAGGAAUCCAUUUCUGUGCAGGAGAUCUCAGUCAAGGAAGCUCCAGGGACAAUGAAGGAUGCCAAGCCCAAGACUGAACAAGCCACCUCAAUCAUCUCCCCUCAUGAGUCCAUUACCAUUGAGGAGGUGACAGUGAAGGAGACUCCUGGAGACAUCACAGAAAAGAAACCAAAGACUGACAAGGCAACUUCCAUCCUGUCAGAACAAGAGUCCAUCUUUGUACAAGAGGUAACAGUCAAGGAGGCUCAUGGUGACAUGGCUGAUGCCAAACCAAAGACUGAACAGGCUACUUCAAUAAUUUCUCCUCACGAAUCUGUGACAGUGGAGGAAGUCACUGUCAAAGAAACUUCUGGCGAAGUUGUGGACAAGACACCACAAUCAGAACAAGCUACAUCAAUUCUCCUGGAGCAGGAAUCCAUCUCAGUACAUGAGGUCUCAGUUAAGGAAUCUCAUGGUGACAUGAAAGAUAGGAAGCCCAAAACAGAACAGGCUACUUCCAUUGUUUCUCCUCUUGAGCCUCUCACCAUUGAGGAAGUCUCGGUGAAGGAAAGCUCUGGUGACAUCACAGAGAAGAAACCAAAGUCUGAACAAGCAACAUCCAUCUUCUCAGAGCAGGAGUCCAUCUCUGUCCAGGAGGUGGCAGUCAAGGAGGCUCCUGGAACAAUGAAGGAUGCCAAGCCAAAGACUGAACAAGCCACCUCAGUUAUUUCUCCACAUGAGUCUCUCACAGUACAGGAAGUAUCUGUCAAGGAAGCUCCUUCUGACCUCAGUGAGCAUAAGCCCAAGACAGAGAAGGCCACAUCCAUUUUGUCAGAGCAGGAAUCCAUUUCUGUGCAGGAGAUCUCAGUCAAAGAGGCUCCUGGAACGAUGAAGGAUGCCAAGCCUAAGACUGAACAAGCCACUUCCAUCAUCUCCCCUCAUGAGUCCAUCACCAUUGAGGAGGUGACAGUGAAGGAGACUCCGGGAGACAUCACAGAGAAGAAACCAAAGACUGACAAGGCAACUUCCAUCCUGUCAGAACAGGAGUCUAUCUUUGUACAAGAGGUAACAGUCAAGGAGGCUCAUGGUGACAUGGCUGAUGCCAAACCAAAGACUGAACAGGCUACUUCAAUAAUUUCUCCUCACGAAUCUGUGACAGUGGAGGAAGUCACUGUCAAAGAAACUUCUGGCGAAGUUGUGGACAAGACACCACAAUCAGAACAAGCUACAUCAAUUCUGCUGGAGCAGGAAUCCAUUUCAGUACAUGAGGUCUCAGUUAAGGAAUCUCAUGGUGACAUGAAAGAUAGGAAGCCCAAAACAGAACAGGCUACUUCCAUUGUUUCUCCUCUUGAGCCUCUCACCAUUGAGGAAGUGUCGGUGAAGGAAAGCUCUGGAGACAUCACAGAGAAGAAACCAAAGGCUGAACAGGCCACUUCAAUCUUCUCAGAACAGGAAUCCAUCUCUGUCCAGGAGGUGGCAGUCAAGGAGGCUCCUGGAACAAUGAAGGAUGCCAAGCCAAAGACUGAACAAGCCACCUCAAUCAUCUCCCCUCAUGAGUCCAUCACUAUUGAGGAAGUAACUGUUAAAGAGACUCCUGGAGACAUCACGGAGAAGAAACCAAAGACCGACAAGGCAACUUCCAUCCUGUCAGAACAGGAGUCCAUCUUUGUACAAGAGGUAACAGUCAAGGAGGCUCAUGGUGACAUGGCUGAUGCCAAACCAAAGACUGAGCAGGCCACCUCAAUAAUCUCUCCUCAUGAGUCUCUCACCAUAGAGGAAGUAUCUGUCAAGGAAGCUCAUUCCGACCUCAGUGAGCAUAAGCCCAAGACAGAGAAGGCCAUGUCAAUUUUGUCAGAGCAGGAAUCCAUUUCUGUGCAGGAGAUCUCAGUAAAGGAUGCUCCUGGAACAAUGGAGGAUGCCAAGCCUAAGACUGAACAAGCCACUUCCAUCAUCUCCCCUCAUGAGUCCAUCACAAUUGAGGAGGUGACAGUGAAGGAGACUCCUGGAGACAUCACAGAAAAGAAGCCAAAGUCUGAACAGGCCACUUCAAUCUUCUCAGAGCAGGAGUCCAUCUCUGUCCAGGAGGUGACAGUCAAGGAGGCUCCUGGAACUAUGAAGGAUGCCAAGCCCAAGACUGAACAAGCCACCUCAGUUAUUUCUCCACAUGAGUCUCUCACUGUACAGGAAGUAUCUGUCAAGGAAGCUCCUUCUGACAUUAGUGAGUAUAAGCCCAAGACAGAGAAGGCCACAUCCAUUUUGUCAGAACAAGAAUCCAUUUCUGUGCAGGAGAUCUCAGUCAAGGAAGCUCCUGGAACAAUGAAGGAUGCCAAGCCUAAGACUGAACAAGCCACUUCCAUCAUCUCCCCUCAUGAGUCCAUCACCAUUGAGGAGGUGACAGUGAAGGAGACUCCGGGAGACAUCACAGAGAAGAAACCAAAGACUGACAAGGCAACUUCCAUUCUGUCAGAGCAAGAGUCCAUUGCCGUACAAGAGGUAACAGUCAAGGAGGCUCCGUGCGACAUAGAAGAGUCCAAACCCAAACCGGAACAAGCCACCUCAGUCAUUACUCCACAUGAAUGUAUCACUGUUCAGGAAGUUACAGUUAAGGAAACACCUGAAGACAUAACAGAAAAGAAACCCAAAACAGAAAAAGCUACAUCCAUUCUCUCAGAACAAGAAUCCAUAUCUGUACACGAGGUGUCAGUUAAAGAAUCUCACGCUGACAUGAAGGACAGGAAACCCAAGACUGAACAGGCCACAUCCACUGUCUCUCCACACGAGUCUCUCACAGUUCAGGAGGUUACAGUUAAGGAAACCUUUGCAGACAUCACUGAACAUAAACCCAAAUCAGACAAAGCCACAUCUAUUUUAUCUGAACAAGAAUCCAUUUCUAUUGCAGAGGUGUCAGUAAAGGAGGCUCCUGCAACUUUGGAGGAUGCCAAACCCAAGACUGAGCAAGCUACCUCAAUAAUUACCCCUCUUGAAUCUCUUUCAGUACAGGUAAUUUCAGUUAAAGAGUCUCCUUCAGAGUUAAGUGAACAUAAACCUAAAUCAGAGAAAGCUACUUCUAUCUGGGAUGAACAAGAGUCAAUAUCAAUUGAAGAAGUGGCUGUCAAGGAGGCUCCUGGCACCAUUAAGGAAGCAAAGCCUAAGACAGAACAAGCUACUUCAACAAUUUCUCCACUUGAAUCUUUGACUGUUGAAGAAGUAACAGUCAAAGAGUCAUCUGGAGAUAUUGUUGAAAAGAAACCUAAGUCAGAAAAAGCUGUAUCAAUUUUAUCUGAGCAAGAAUCAAUUUCUGUUGAGGAGAUUUCUGUUAAGGAUGCGCCGGGUUCAAUGAAGGACCUUAAGCUGAAAACUGAGCAGGCCACAUCCUCCAUCGCUCCUCACGAGUCUGUUACUGUGGAGGAAGUUGCCGUCAAGGAGGAGCCAGAGGAAAUCAAGGACAAAAAGCCAAAGACAGAGAAAGCUACCUCAGUCUGGUCAGAGCAGGAGUCCAUUGCUGUUGAGGAGAUAUCAGUGAAGGAAGAGCCUGGUGAGAUGAAGGACUUAAAACUCAAAACUGAGCAGGCCGAAUCCUCAAUCGCUCCUCACGAGUCUGUUACUGUGGAGGAAGUUGCUGUCAAGGAGGAACCAGAGGAGAUUGAGGAUAAGAAACCAAAGACAGAGAAAGCUACCUCAAUCUGGUCAGAGCAGGAAUCCAUUGCUGUUGAGGAGAUAUCAGUGAAGGAAGAGCCUGGCGAGAUGAAGGACUUGAAACUCAAAACUGAGCAGGCCGAAUCCUCCAUCGCUCCUCACGAGUCUGUUACUGUGGAGGAAGUGUCUGUGAAGGAAGAGCCUGGUGAGAUGAAAGACUUAAAACUCAAAACUGAGCAGGCUGAAUCCUCCAUCGCUCCUCACGAGUCUGUUACUGUUGAGGAAGUUACUGUCAAGGAGGAGCCAGAGGAGAUUGAGGAUAAGAAACCAAAGACAGAGAAAGCUACCUCAAUCUGGUCAGAGCAGGAGUCCAUUGCUGUUGAGGAGAUAUCAGUGAAGGAAGAGCCUGGCGAGAUGAAGGACUUGAAACUCAAAACUGAGCAGGCCGCAUCUUCCAUCGCUCCUCACGAGUCUGUUACUGUGGAGGAAGUGUCCGUGAAGGAAGAGCCUGGUGAGAUGAAGGACUUAAAACUCAAAACUGAGCAGGCCGAAUCCUCCAUCGCUCCUCACGAGUCUGUUACUGUUGAGGAAGUUACUGUCAAGGAGGAGCCAGAGGAGAUUGAGGAUAAGAAACCAAAGACAGAGAAAGCUACCUCAAUCUGGUCAGAGCAGGAGUCCAUUGCUGUUGAGGAGAUAUCAGUGAAGGAAGAGCCUGGCGAGAUGAAGGACUUGAAACUCAAAACUGAGCAGGCCGCAUCUUCCAUCGCUCCUCAUGAGUCUGUUACUGUGGAGGAAGUUACUGUCAAGGAGGAGCCAGAGGAGAUUGAGGAUAAGAAACCAAAGACAGAGAAAGCUACCUCAAUCUGGUCAGAGCAGGAGUCCAUCGCUGUUGAGGAGAUAUCAGUGAAGGAAGUUCCUGGUGAGAUGAAGGACUUGAAACUCAAAACUGAGCAGGCCGCAUCUUCCAUCGCUCCUCACGAGUCUGUUACUGUGGAGGAAGUGUCCGUGAAGGAGGAGCCAGAGGAGAUCGAAGAUAAGAAACCAAAGACAGAGAAAGCUACCUCAAUUUGGUCAGAGCAGGAGUCCAUUGCUGUUGAGGAGAUAUCAGUGAAGGAAGAGCCUGGUGAGAUGAAGGACUUAAAACUCAAAACUGAGCAGGCCGAAUCCUCCAUCGCUCCUCACGAGUCUGUUACUGUGGAGGAAGUUGCUGUCAAGGAAGAGCCAGAGGAGAUUGAGGACAAGAAGCCAAAGACAGAGAAAGCUACCUCAAUCUGGUCAGAGCAGGAGUCCAUUGCUGUUGAGGAGAUAUCAGUGAAGGAAGAGCCUGGCGAGAUGAAGGACUUGAAACUCAAAACUGAGCAGGCCGAAUCCUCCAUCGCUCCUCACGAGUCUGUUACUGUGGAGGAAGUUACUGUCAAAGAGGAGCCAGAGGAAAUCGAGGACAAGAAGCCAAAGACAGAGAAAGCUACCUCAAUCUGGUCAGAGCAGGAGUCCAUUGCUGUUGAGGAGAUAUCAGUGAAGGAAGUUCCUGGCGAGAUGAAGGACUUAAAACUCAAAACUGAGCAGGCCACUUCUCUCAUUUCUCCGAGCGAGCCCCUCACUAUUGAAGAGAUUAUCGCUAAAGAAUCUUCUGGAGAUAUUACAGAGAAGAAACCUCUAUCAGAAACGGCAACCUCCAUUUGGUCAGAACAAGAAUCAAUUUCCGUUCAAGAAAUAUCAGUAAAAGAAGCUCCCUCAGAUCUCAUGGACAAAAAACCAAAGUCUGAAAAAGCCGUUUCUGUAUUCCCUGAACAGGAGUCCAUUUCUGUUGAAGAGGUAUUGGUAAAAGGUAUUUCAGGAGCACUGGAAGACCUUAAGCUGCAGAUUGAGCAAGCUACGUCCAUGUUUGCUCCACACCAGUCUGUCACUAUCGAAGAAGUGGCAGUGAAGGAGUCAUCAAAGGACUUGGAAGAGAAGAAGCCCAAGUCAGAAACUGCUCGAUCGAUCAUGUCACCACGAGACUCAAUAUCUGUAGAAGAGAUCAGCGUGAAGGAGGCACCUGAAGACAUACAAGAAAAGAAACCAAAAACUGAAAAGGCACAUGCAGUCAUCAGUCCACAGGAGCCAUUCUCAGUGAGUGAAGUACAGGUUGAAGACCAAACACAGGAAAUGCUCACUAAGAAGCCUGAGAGUGAAACUGCAGUUAUGACGAUGCCACGGAAAGACUCCUUGCAAGUGUUUGAGGUGGCUUCAGAACUUGCCCCAGAUUCAUUCACUGAACCCAAAGUUAAGGAGGACAUAGCAAAGGUAACGGUGACAGAGGAGCUUCUCCGAGCAGACCAAGAGGAUGUCAUAGUACUGAAGGGUCCAUCCAAAGAGAAGAAGUUAAUAGAAGUAGUAGAGGAGGAAGAUGAGGUGGACAAAAAAGAGAAGGUAGAGGAAAAGGUAGAAGAGGAAGUUACUGAGAAAGUAACCAUUAAGAGGCCAAAGAAGAAACCUGAGAAGGCUGAAGAAAUUACUGAAGAAGUGACUGUAAUGAAGAUAGAAGAAAAGGUUGAGGAAGUUACUCCCGAGAAGGCUGAAGAAGAUGUCAUUGAGGAAGUGAAAAUCAAAAAGAAACCCAAAAAGAAACCCGAGGAAAAGGUUGAAGAGGAAGUCACUGAGGAAGUUGUCAUCAAGAAGAAGCCCAAGAAGAAACCUGAGAAGGCUGAGGAGAUCACUGAGGAAGUGACUGUUACAAAGGUGGAAGAGACCAUUGAGGAAGUUGCUCCCAAGAAGGCUGAAGAGGAUGUCAUUGAGGAAGUUACUGAGGAAGUGACAAUAAAGAAGAAGCCCAAGAAGAAGCCCCAGAAGGCUGAAGAAAUCACUGAAGAAGUGACUGUCAAGAAGGUGGAAGAGACCAUUGAGGAAGUUAUUCCUGAGAAGGCCGAGGAAGACAUCAUUGAGGAAGUUACUGAGAAAGUAACUAUAAAGAAAAAGCCCAAGAAGAAGCCCGAAGAGAAGGUUGAGGAGGAAGUUACAGAGGAAGUAACCAUCAAGAAGAAGCCCAAGAAGAAGCCUGAAGAGAAGGUUGAGGAGGAAGUUACCGAGGAAGUGACCAUCAAGAAGAAGCCCAAGAAGAAGCCUGAGAUGGCUGAAGAAAUCACUGAGGAAGUGACUGUGAAGAAGGUGGAAGAGACCAUUGAGGAAGUUGUUAGUAAGAAGGCUGAGGAAGAUGUUAUUGAGGAAGUUACUGAGGAAGUGACAAUAAAGAAGAAGCCCAAGAAGAAGCCAGAAGAGAAGGUUGAGGAGGAAGUUACGGAGGAAGUUACGAUAAAGAAGAAACCCAAAAAGAAACCCGAGGAAAAGGUUGAAGAGGAAGUCACAGAGGAAGUUGUCAUCAAGAAGAAGCCCAAGAAGAAGCCUGAGAAGGCUGAGGAGAUCACUGAGGAAGUGACUAUCACGAAGGUGGAAGAGACCAUUGAGGAAGUUGCUCCCAAGAAGGCUGAAGAGGAUGUCAUCGAGGAAGUUACUCAGGAAGUGACAAUAAAGAAGCCCAAGAAGAAGCCCCAGAAGGCUGAAGAAAUCACUGAAGAAGUGACUGUCAUUAAGGUGGAAGAGACCAUUGAGGAAAUUGCUCCCAAAAAGGCUGAAGAGGAAGUCAUCGAGGAAGUUACUGAAGAAGUAAAGAUUAAAAAGAAACCUAAGAAAAAGCCUGAAGAGAAAGUUGAAGAGGUUACUGAGGAGGUGACCAUCAAGAAGAAGCCUAAGAAGAAGCCUGAGAAGGCUGAAGAAAUCACUGAGGAAGUGACUGUGAAGAAGAUUGAGGAGAAGGUUGAGGAAGUUACUCCUGAGAAGGCUGAAGAAGAUGUUAUUGAAGAAGUUACUGAGGAAGUGACCAUAAAGAAAAAGCCCAAGAAGAAGCCAGAAGAGAAGGUUGAGGAGGAAGUUACAGAGGAAGUUACGAUAAAGAAGAAACCCAAAAAGAAACCCGAGGAAAAGGUUGAAGAGGAAGUCACAGAGGAAGUUGUCAUCAAGAAGAAGCCCAAGAAGAAGCCUGAGAAGGCUGAGGAGAUCACUGAGGAAGUGACUAUAAAGAAGGUGGAAGAGACCAUUGAGGAAGUUGUUGCUAAGAAGGCUGAGGAAGAUGUCAUUGAGGAAGUUACUGAGGAGGUGACAAUAAAGAAGCCCAAGAAGAAGCCCCAGAAGGCUGAGGAAAUCACUGAAGAAGUGACUGUCAAGAAGGUGGAAGAGACCAUUGAGGAAGUUGCUCCCAAGAAGGCUGAAGAGGAAGUCAUCGAGGAAGUUACUGAGAAAGUGACGAUAAAGAAAAAGCCAAAGAAAAAGCCCGAAGAAAAGGUUGAGGAAGAAGUUACUGAGGAAGUGACAAUAAAGAAGAAGCCCAAGAAGAAGCCUGAGAAGGCUGAAGAAAUCACUGAAGAAGUGACUGUCAAGAAGGUGAAAGAGACCAUUGAGGAAGUUACUCCGGAGAAGGCUGAGGAAGACAUCAUUGAGGAAGUUACUGAGAAAGUAACUAUAAAGAGAAAGCCCAAGAAGAAGCCUGAAGAGAAGGUUGAGGAGGAAGUUACUGAGGAAGUGACCAUCAAGAAGAAGCCCAAGAAGAAGCCAGAGAUGGCUGAAGAAAUCACUGAGGAAGUGACUGUGAAGAAGAUAGAGGAGAAGGUUGAGGAAGUUACUCCUGAGAAGGCUGAGGAAGAUGUCAUCGAAGAAGUAACAGAAAAAGUCACAAUCAAGAGAAAGCCCAAGAAGAAGCCUGAAGAGAAGGUUGAGGAAGAAGUUACUGAGGAAGUGACCAUCAAGAAGAAGCCCAAGAAGAAGCCUGAGAAGGCUGAAGAAAUCACUGAGGAAGUGACUGUGAAGAAGGUGGAAGAGACCAUUGAGGAAGUUGUUAGUAAGAAGGCUGAGGAAGAUGUCAUCGAGGAAGUUACUGAGGAAGUGACAAUAAAGAAGAAGCCCAAGAAGAAGCCAGAAGAGAAGGUUGAGGAGGAAGUUACGGAGGAAGUUACGAUAAAGAAGAAACCCAAAAAGAAACCCGAGGAAAAGGUUGAAGAGGAAGUCACAGAGGAAGUUGUCAUCAAGAAGAAGCCCAAGAAGAAGCCUGAGAAGGCUGAGGAGAUCACUGAGGAAGUGACUAUCACGAAGGUGGAAGAGACCAUUGAGGAAGUUGUUGCUAAGAAGGCUGAGGAAGAUGUCAUUGAGGAAGUUACUGAGGAGGUGACAAUAAAGAAGCCCAAGAAGAAGCCCGAGGAGAAGGUUGAGGAGGAAGUCACAGAGGAAGUUGUAAUCAAGAAGAAGCCCAAGAAGAAGCCUGAGAAGGCUGAGGAGAUCACUGAAGAAGUGACUAUAAAGAAGGUGAAAGAAACGGUUGAAGAAGUCACUGCAAAGAAGGCUGAGGAAGACAUUAUUGAGGAGGUCACAGAGGAGGUCACCAUCAAGAAGAAGCCCAAGAAGAAGCUUGAGAAGGCUGAAGAAAUCACUGAAGAAGUUACAAUAAAGAAGAUUGAAGAAACAGUUGAAGAAGUUGAUGUUAAGAAGGCUGAGGAAGACAUCAUUGAGGAAGUCACUGAAGAAGUUACAAUAAAGAAGAAGCCAAAGAAAAAGCCUGAGAAGGUUGAAGAGGAAGUUACAGAGGAAGUGGUAAUAAAGAAAAAGCCCAAGAAGAAGCCAGAGCCGAAGCCUGAAGAAAUAACUGAAGAGGUGACGAUAAAGAAACUAGAAGAACAAGAAGAAGAACAUAUUGUAAAGAAGGCAGAAGAGGACAUCAUUGAGGAAGUCACAGAGGAGGUUACAAUAAAGAAGAAGCCCAAGAAGAAGCCUGAGAAGGUUGAGGAAGUCACUGAGGAGGUCACAAUCAAAAAGAAGCCUGAGGAGAAGCCUGAAGAGGUCACCGAAGAAGUAACAAUCAAAAAGAAGCCCAAGAAGAAGCCCGAGCCAAAGGUUGAGGAAGUGGCUGAGGAAGUCACGAUAAAGAAGCCUGAAGAGAAAGUUGCUGAAGAAAUCACUGAAGAAGUAACAAUCAAGAAGAAGCCUAAGAAGAAGAAGCCCGAGCCAGAAGUGGAAGAGGUGUCUGAAGAAGUGGUCAUCAAGAGGAAGCCUGAGGAGAAGGAAGAGGAGGUUCAGGAAGAAGUUAAGUUUAAGCUGAAACCCAAAAAGAAGAAGGAACCUGAGGAAGUUUCAGAGGAAGUGACGCUUCGCAGGGAAGAGCCUGAGGAGCAAGUGAUAGAGGAGUUGACUGAAGAGGUUCAGAUUAAGCUGAAGCCAAAGAAGAAGAAAUCUAUCGUCACAGAGGAAGUUGUGUCGGAAGAGACUGUCAUUGUCAAGAGAGAUGAAGUGGAAGAAAAAUCUCCAGAGCCUGAGGAAGCUGUGGUGAUAAAGAGGAAACCCAAGAAGAAGGUUUCCAGGAAGGAGGAGGUGGAAGAAGAAGUCACCAUCAAGAAGCCUAAGGAGGAGGAGCCCACUGAAGAAAUUACACUGAAGAAACCUAAAAAGAAGAAGCCUGAGGAGCCCCAGGAGGAGGUGAGUGAGGAGGUGACCAUCAAGCGGAAGUCACCCGAGCCCACCGUGCAGGAGGAAAUAACCGAGCAGGUCAGCAUCAAGAUGAAGCCAAAGAAGAAGAAGCCUGUUGUUGUCACUGAAGAGGUUGAAGAAGCAUUCACACUGAGGAAACCUAUGGAAGAAGAGGAGCCAGAGGAGGAGCCAACCAGUGAGGUGAGCGAGACCGUCACUCUAAAGAGGAAGCCAAAGAAGAAGGAAACUCAAGAAAUCUCAGAGGAAGUUGAGGUGAAGUUGAGAGAACCAGAAGAUUUCCAGAGGGAGGAAACUACUGAAGAGGUGCAGAUCAGAAUGAAGAGGCCAAAGAAGAAGUAUUCUAUUGUUGAAGAAACCUUUGAAUCAGACAUGACCAUUCCUGCUGAAGAAGAGCCUGAGCCUGAUGUUGUGUAUGAACAAAUUGAUGAACUUACUGUGAUCAAGAAAGUAAUCAAGGAAGAAGUUGACCUUCCUGAAGAAACUGUGAAGAUUAGGAAGAAGAAACCCAAGAAGGUAACAGAGGAGGCUGAAGAAAAGGUGACCAUUAAGAAGAAGGUGAAAGAAGAACCAGAAUCUCCUGAAGAGCCCCAAGAAACAUUCCAACUGAAAUUGCCAAGGAAGAAGAAGCCAGCCUUCAAGGUUGAGGAGGAGGAGGAAGAAGAGGUAGGUGUGAUUAUUAGGAAGAAGCCUGAACCUGAGUAUGAAGAAGAGGUGGUGAGUGAAGUCUUCAAAAUCAGACCCAAGAAGCCAAAGGAAGAGGAACCAGAAGAAGAUGAUGCCGAGAGUCAGUUUACAUUUGACUUGACAAAGAGAAGGUAUGAAAAGCAUGAAGUGGAGGAAGUUGAAACGACUCACAAGGUGCCGCCACCUGCACCCAAACAGCCUCCAAUCUUCACCCAAGAGGACGUCCAAAUGCACAUAAAGGUCCCAGCACAGUCACCAACGGAAGUUCUUGAAAUCCCACCACCCAUCAACGUGAAGCCCGGAGACCAGCUGAGGGCCACAGCCACCUACGUCGCCGACAACACCCAGGAGAACGCCAUGCACCUGGUGGAGGGCGAGAAGGUGUACGUCAAAGAAAUGACCAACAGUGACUGGUGGUUUGUCAAGAAGCACCUCACCCUGGAGGAAGGCUACGUGCCGGCCAGGCUGCUGGCAGAGGAGACCACAUACACCCACUAUGUUGAGCAGAAGAUUGAGGAGAAGGCCAACAAGCUUCCUAUCUUUGACAAGCUCAAGAAGGGACAGAAGUCUGAGACACCUAAGAUGGUGACCAAGCUGGAGCCCCUCGCUGUGGUGGAUGGACAGGAGGCACAGUUUGUCUGCAAGAUCAAGGGCACGCCACGCCCCGUUGUCACCUGGUUCAGGCAGACUGCCAUCAUCAAGCCCUCGGAGGAGUUCCAGGUGUUCUACUCCGACGACAACACGGCGACCCUAGUGGUGAAGGAAGUCUUCCCCGAGGACGCUGGCUUGUUCACCUGUGUCGCCAAGAACCAGGCUGGGUGGACAACCUCCUCAGCCGAACUGGUGGUGGAGGGACCAAUCAGUGACCACGGCUCAGACUCCAUGGUGGCCUCGCGCCGCAGCCUGAGCAGGGAAUCAUCGGUGUGCGACAUCAUGGAGGGCAUCCCGCCAACCUUCGCCAACAAGCCCACCGUGAAGACAGUGGAGGAGGGCACACAGCUAGAACUGGACGUGCGAUUGGUUGCCAUUCCUGAGCCUGAGAUUGUAUGGAGGAAAGAUGGACAGGUGGUUCGUGAGUCUCCAAGAAUACGCAUCGUGAGACAGAAGGACGUUCACGCCUACCGUUCCAUCAUCAUCAUCAAGGGAGCCAAGAAGGAGGACGAGGGCCUGUACGAGAUCACCGUCAAGAACCGUGAAGGAGAAGCCAAGAAUCACAUCACACUGAGGGUUACUGCUCCAGAAGUACCAGAAUUUGAGGACAGGUUCCCAGACCAGACUGUUGAGUCCGAGGGAACCAUCCGUCUGGUGGCCAAGAUCCACGGCAUCCCAGCGCCUGAUGUCACGUGGAGCAGGAAUGGCAAGAAACUCAAGGAGGGGAAGAAUGUGGUCAUGACCUUCCAGGAUGAGUUGGCUGUGCUUGAAAUACGCAACGUGCAGCCCAAGGAAGAUUCUGGCAAAUAUGUGUGCACGGCCACUAACAAAGUUGGCAAAGCUUCCCACACCGCUAACAUUACAGUGGGGGCAGAGUUUGUCACCUUCAAGCGUGGCCUGGAAUCCUGUGUUGUGGACGAGGGCUCCGAGGUUGUGCUGGAGUGCCGCACCUCCAAGGAGAAGCCGUGCAAGUGGUACAAGGGCGUGACUGAAAUCAAGAAGAGUGAGACCUACGAGAUCGAGCAAGAAGGCCUCACACACCGCCUCAUCAUCCACUCUGCCACUCUCAGCGACACCGCCAAGUACAAGUGCACCUUCGAUGACCAGUCAACCUUCUGCAACCUUACUGUCAGAGGACUGGAUGACUUCGUGGAGAGAGUACAGGAUGUGGAGGUGCAGGAGAGGGAAGAAGCCAUCCUGGAAGUGGAAGUCACCAGCGAGAAGGCGAAAAUUACUUGGCAUAAGGAUGGUGAGGAGAUUACUGAACAGCACAAGCGCUUCACUCUGGUCUCCGAGGGGAAGAUUCGCAAGCUGGUGCUGAAGGAAGCCACGCUGUCUGACGAGGGCGAGUACACGUGCGCGCUGGGUGAACAUGAGUGCACCGCUGAGCUCACUGUGAGGGAGCUGCCCGCCGAGAUUGUCAGGAAGAUGAAGGACCAAGUUGUCUCCAAGGGUAACCGAGCCACUAUGGAGGUUGAGUUGACCAAGGGUGACGCCGUCAUCACCUGGUUCAAGGAUGAAACAGAGAUUAGAUUCUCUGACCACUACCAGCUCUCCAUUGAUGGCAAGGUUCAGAGACUCAUGGUGUACAACUGCCAGCUGGAGGACAGCGGCACCUACCGCGCCGUGGUGGGCAGGAGUGAGUGCUCCGCCACCCUCAAGGUUGAGCUUCAAGCCGAGGGAGACUUCUCCAAGCGGUUGCCGGCCCAGAUGGACGUUAACUCCAAGUCUGAUGUCACCUUCAUUGUGGAGCUGACCAAGGACAGUGAAGUUAAAUGGUUCAAGGGCACCGAGGAGCUGAAGCCUUCAGACAAAUAUAUCAUCAAGAAGGAAGGAAAGAAGAGGACCCUGAUUGUCAAGUCCUGCACUCAGUCUGAUGCUGCAGAAUACUCCUGUGUCCUCGCCAGCAUCAAGACUUCCUGCAAGCUUAAUGUUAUCCUGAUGGAGACAGCACCCAAAAUUGACAAAGAGUACCAGAAGGUGGAGGUGGUGGUGACCAAGGGUAAUGACGUCACCCUUAAGGUUCCCUACACUGGCACGCCCAUCCCCAACGCCACCUGGACCCACAAGGGGCAGCCAAUCGACAAGGAUACCAGUCCAAAGGUGCUGGCCACCAUCAACGAGACGGAGGCGUACAUCACCGUCAAGAUGGUGCAGGACAUUGAUUGUGGGGAGUACCGCCUCAAGCUCAGCAAUGACUGUGGUUCUGCCACCGCUGACUUUAUUGUGAAAAUACUGGACAAGCCAUCCAAGCCUGGCACACCUGAGCCCAUGAAGGUGACCAACGACAGCGUCACUCUGCACUGGGCGGAGCCCAAGGAGGAUGGCGGCAGGAUCAUCAUCAACUACAUCAUGGAAUACAAGUCAAAGAAGAAGGAGAAGUGGGUGGUGUACAACAAGACUGAAAAGAUUACAGAGACUACGACUAUUGUGACCAAACUCACCAAGAACGAGGAGUACUGCUUCAGAGUGUCUGCCGUCAAUGAGGUUGGCAAGUCAGACGCCUCUGAUGCGUCCAAGUAUGUCAAGGUCAGUGAACCAAAGACAGCUGAGCCUCCUGUGGUGAAGGAGCAGCUGACGCCUGUGGUCACCGGCCUCCACCAAGAAGUGGUCCUGCGCUGCGUGGUCACGGCCAAUCCUCUGCCCAAGAUUGAGUGGCAGAAGGACGGCAAGUCUGUCACCGGCAUUACCCACUAUGAGAACUUUACAGCAACCUUCACCAUCAAGGAGACCAACGAGAACUCUGGCGGCAUGUACACCUGCCGUGCUAGUAAUGAAGCUGGCAUGGCGGAGUGCUCGGCCACCAUAGUUAUUCAAGAGGCUCCAAGGUUUGAGUAUGACGAGAAGCAUCAAGUCCAGCGCUUGUUGGUGGGUGACAAGUGGCACGUCCCCGUCCAGGUGAUUGGCUACCCGCUGCCCACCAUCAGGUGGAGCUGCAACGAAAAGAUCAUCAAGUCCUCCACCCAUAUUGUCAUCCACACCGAGGAGUCGGAAGGCUCCACAGACAUUGCCAUCCACAAGCUGACGCUGGAGGACUCGGCCGUCUACACCGUCACUGCUGAAAACUCUGCUGGCAAGGCACAGCUCAGCUUCAACCUCAGAGUUGUCGAAGAAGAGCAGGAGUCGGUUGAAGUCAGUGACGAGGAGGUCAACGGGGAGCGCCCGGCACCACCCCAGGGCCCCUUGGAGACCAGCGACGUCACUAGUACCUCCCUCAACCUCCACUGGAAACCGUCCCCCAACGAUGGCGGGGUGGAGAUCACAGCGUACUUCAUUGAGAAGCAGGAGAAGACUCAGAAGCAGUGGCAGAAGGUGGCUGAGGUUGGCGCUGACGUGAUGUCAUACAUGGUGCAGAACCUGCUUGAGGGCCAUGAAUACUUCUUCCGAGUGUUUGCCGUCAAUCCGAUAGGCGUGUCUGAUGCUUUGGAAGCGUCAGAGCAACUCAAGAGUCCAUUUGACAAACCUGGUCCACCCAUCGGACCAUUUGACGUGAGUGACGUCACCGAGUCGUCCUUGCUGCUGCAUUGGGAUGAACCCGAUCACGACGGCGGCUCACCGGUCACUCACUACUCUGUUGAGAAGAGAGAAUCCACCAAAAAGGCCUGGAGCAAGGUGGGAGAGACAACGGCCCCAGUCACUGAAAUUGACGUUAGCGGACUCAGGAAGGGAACAGCAUACUUCUUCCGUGUGUAUGCAUACAAUGCUGUGGGCCAGAGUCCACCUCUUCAGCCAGAUGAGCCUAUCACAGCAGGCAAGAAGAUCACUCCACCAUCCAAGCCCAACAACCUCCAGGUGAUCGAUGUCACCACCCGCACCGUGACGCUGGCCUGGGCGCCGCCCACUUCCACCGGGGGUGCUGACCUAAUAGGCUACGUCAUUGAGCGCCGUCUGACCACUGAGAAGAGGUGGGAGAAGGUAGAUUCCGUUGAUGCCUCUGUCACGCUCUACUGUGUGGAGAACCUAAGGGAGAAAUCUGAGUAUGAAUUCAGAGUAUUCGCCGAGAACCCAGUUGGCCGCAGCCUGGAGCCUGCCAUGACUGAGCAAGUCCGGCUCAAGACUCAUGCCACUCCCCCGUCACCCCCAACGGCUCCCCUGGAAGCCCGUCCGACAGGCCCCACCAGCCUAAUGAUUGAAUGGGGAGCCCCAGAGAGUGACGGCGGCGCGCCACUGCUCGGCUACAUCAUUGCCAUCCGCGACAUUAAGAGAACCAUGUGGAUUGAAGUUGGGCAAGUUGGAGCAAACUUCACAAGAUUACACAUUAAGGAGCUGCAGGAGGAGCACGAGUACUUCAUUCGAGUUUUCGCCCGCAAUGAAGUGGGCGCCAGCGACCCUCUGGAGACGGAGGAGCCUGUCAAGAUCAUCACGCCAGACGACUUCACGGGGCUGCCCGAGGAUGACAAUGCCCCCUCCCUGUCCUACUCCACCACGGAGACACUCUCCUGGAUGCGGGAGGCCGGCAUGGAUGCCGACAUCUACUCGUAUGCCCGUGGCCGUCUCCUAAAUAGGGAUGAAUACUUCUUCAAAGUCUGGCAUCGUGGGAUGAACAAAUAUAGCGAGAAGUAACAUAUUUGGCGACAGAUAGUUUUGUACUACCUAUGUAUGAGUCCUGUAGAUUAGCAAUUUUCUUUUUCUGUUGAAAUUUUUCUUUUAUUUCUCUUGAAUUAGUCUUUCUCUAUAUUACCGACAAAAGAGAAUUAUCUCUUCCUAGGACAAGUCAUGCAUUUGCGUCCAGUCUCAUUCCUGAUAUGGAGAAUGCCCAUUUUUUCGAACUGAAGUUGUAUUUACUACUUUAAUGAUGAAUGUAUGAUGAUUCAGUUACUCGACUUUGUUAUUACUUGUACUUCCGGCGCCUGUCCAUGUAAGGGCGGCGAGGAGUAGCGUUAACGAACAACCGCCGUAAGGUAUUGAGUCCCGAGGGUCCGGCACGAAAACUCCAGUCUGGCAUUACUUUAGUCGUCACCAUCCCGAGACGUUCACCUGUGCACAGAACGGCCAGACUCGGAGGUUUCUGGCUGUGAUAGUCCACGGUUCAUAUUGAGCUGCUGCCUUUAUGAGCCGAAAUUCCAACUCGUGGACCAAAACCUUGUGGCUGUGAACCCUAGACGACGUUUGGUAUAGGAACCCAUUAUGUGUAUUGUGCACGUGGUCUGUGUAGAUGUCUCGUCUGACCCAUGACUCAGAAUGGAAUAUAAUUAAGUGAUUUAGUAGCAUCUGAGUGUGGGCUAUUUAUAGUAGUUUAUUAUCAUAUAUACACACACCUUAUGUGACUUAGAUGUCUUGUGAAUGUACUGUGAUAUGAGAAUUUACCUAAGCUGUCCUAGAACCUACACACAAAAUCAUCAAUAUGUUGAUUUUUUUUUCUUGUUGCAUAAUUCAUUAUCCAAUAUCAAAUCGUUGGUGAGGCCGGCAGCCCAUGGUUGCUGUGGAGCAGGAGUCAUGCUGCUGCUGAUAAUACUACCAUCUUUUUGGCCCGCCCACAGUGGCAUUAUGGUCUGCUGCCCUCACCAGCACAUUACAGCUGGGCAGGCAGCACCACAGGGAGCCACAAGCUGCUGCAACAUAACUCUUUACCAUCUAUCACGUGGCUCCGUGGUGGUGUCUUGCUCGGCCAAUUAGGCUUGUUGUGUAGAUUGGGAAUAAACCAUUUAGAUCAUA